AUGCCUUUGACAGUUGAAGAGGUAAGUGCAGUAGAUGGUAAUGCUUAGCGCUUUAACAAUUGUUCCCGAAUGUGACUGGAGUGGAGAAGAGUUAAUAAAUGACCGUGGUGUUUUAUUGGGUUCUUUCUACUAUUAUGAAAUGAUUUUUCCCUCCACUCUGGUUCAUGGAGUCGUAUUUCUGUUGCGAUGGAAGGAAAGUGCAUGCAAGCAAAAAGUAAAUAUACCAAUUUACUGUGUCAUCAGAGUUCUGAUUGGCUACUAAGCUUUGCUAAGAACACACAUGCAAACAUAAGCAGGUACGCACACUUUGAGCAGGACUGAUUUGGAAUGGAAUCCAUGUGGCAAGAAUUAAUCCAGUGAAAUUUCUAAAAAAUAAAAAUAUUUGGUUAAGUCAUCCUGUUCUCAAAACGUGCUCCUUCCAUACUUCAAGUUUAGAUGUGUGAUAAUUUUCCAAAGUUUCUCCUAUGUAAAGUAGCAUUUCUAAGUGAGCUUCAAUUCUUCUAGUGAAACUUUUAAUGUAGCCAUUCCGUUGUUGAUAUAUUUUACUAAAGCACAGUGUAUUUUAGGUACUGAGUGUAGCACACACAUAUUUAAAUAGAAGCACACAUAUUGAGAGCAAAUGGCAGACAAAGGCAAAACAACAUUAAGUAUGUUGAUCAUGGUAGUUUUAUACUCGGAAGGCAACAAGACUUCAGUACAUAAGCUACAGCUUUGAUGAAUGUUUAUAUUUAUUGGAGUAAAGUUGUGAUGUUGUACAUGCAGUGAACAUCUAAGUUCCCCUUUGUUUUCAGAUUCAUAUUAAAAUGUUAUGCUUGUUGUUUUAAUUGCUAUUCAGUCCUUAUCAUGGAAGUUUAUUUUCCGUUUCAUCUUUUGGCAAUGCGCAAAUACAUUCAUUUUAUUUUUGUUAAAAAAAACAUACCUGACAGUACUGUAGUCCACAAGGGGGAGCUUUGAACAUAUUCUUCCAUAGAACUUUGUUCCCAUCUUUUGAUGCAGAAAUAUAUACAAUAGUGGUAAGAAUAUCACUAGUAGAUUGUUGCAGGUAUCUUUUUUCUGUAAAAAAUAAAUAAACAUAGCACUUGCACGCCAUGUGUUUCGGAAGCCUGCUUGGACUAUCUACCAUGAAACAUUUCGGUUGUUGCAGAAGAAGCAGUGAAAUGUAUCAAAAGUACCACAUUUCUGCCUGCCUUGUGUAAAACGACUACAGUAAAGAGAAAUACAGUUUUGAGGUUUCCAGUGCAAUCUACUUUGUACCUGUAUGUAUUUGCUGGCUACAUAGUAUUUUGUACAUCUGCAGACAGUAAACCUGUUGGGAACUAGCAAGCUCAUACUGUGUUUGCGGGAGGUACAUGUAAUUGGUUGUUGUGUUGGUUUUUCCUUCAGUAGUUUCUUAUCUUUUCCAGCCUUCCCAGCAAAGCCAACAUUCUAGUGUUUAUAACGGGUUUGCAAAUAAUUCCAAAUGAAUUAUUAGUCCAUAAAAAACCCCCACUGCGUAUCUGGGUUAGCCAUUUGUGGACAUUUACAACCUUAAAGCGACCCCUGCUCACCGCCCAUUCCCAUUUUCAAAAGUUUCUAUGCCUAGUAGUUUGAAGAGAAUAGUUUUGCAUGAGUCAGAAUUAAAACCCCAGGUGUUGUGUAAAUAUCUGAAAACCUUUGAUGCCUCUUCAAGGGCAGCUGAAGUAGACUUUUUAAGUAAAGUAUUCCUGUAGUGCCAUCAAAAUGUGUCAAAUGCAAAACCAUCUUUUAACAAAGAUUUGUGGAUGUGCACUGGUACAAUUUGCUGCUACUUUAUACUGUGUAUAAAAUUGCAAUCUGAUGUACACUAACUUGGGAAUGAGUCCUAUUGAACUUAAUGGACAUUACUUCCACAUAUGUAUGUUAGUCUAUAUUUGUGCAUGCACACGAAAGCUCAUACCAAGAACAAACUUAGUUGGUUUCUGAGCUGCUACUGGACAUUUUUUUUAUUUUAAAAAUAUAUUUCACUCUUAUACAGUAUCUGUGCUGAGCUCCCUGUCCCAAACAAUUACAAUGAAUUAAUAAUUGUUGGCUAUUUGCAACAAGUUAUGGACAACUUCGCAUAUAGGCAUUGAAAUUAUACAUACUUUCAGAUCUGAACAGGAUGCCACCCUGGAUGAGGAAAAACUUAACUUCAAUAACAGUUAAUUUUAAUUAUAUUACUUGGAAGUUUGUGAUAGGGUUUCUAUAAAAUAGCCCAGUUUAAAAUGAUAUCUGAAUGUAAUACAAACAAAGCCUACAUUCUAAACCACUUAAAACUAUCAAACACACUGCGGUGAUUUAGAUGUGACAUCAAACAGUUUGACAUCAUGCAUAGCUGGAUUAUUGGGUUUGAUUACUGCCUCUCCCUCCCUUUGUUCCUUGUUCUUGCACUUCCUGCCUCCUUUCCUGGUUUGAGAUAAAACUUAGUUUGAAGUUUUGGUUGGCAAACUAUGGUUUGUGCUUUCUCCGCAAAACAGAAUUGGAAAUUUGGUUUCUAGUUCUGUUUUGCAGGGCAAACACAAUCUAAUUUUUCAGUUUGGAUAAAACUGGCAUGCUGGCUGGCUGCCUGAAACCAAGGUAGGGGGCAGGGAAGCCCCAUGCAUGAAGGGCAAACAGAAGCACACAAACCUGGGCCUCACCUUUGGCUUGUGCGUAUAAAAUCAGAUCAUAGCUUGAUGAACCAAGAUGCAUUUUAAGAUAGGCUUAAGAUAGAGCUCACGUAUCUGUCCUUACGUAUCUAUAUAGAACGGGCCAAUUGCUUCAUCUCUACAUUGUGUAGUGGAAAAUACAUGUUAGUUGCAUGAGAAGCAAUUUUGGAUUAUACCCUGGUAAUAUAGAAGUUAAUUAGUUUCAAAAGCAACCAAUUUUUAUGCAUUUUUUGUUCAGUAAACAUUUGAUAGAAAACUUGAAAAUUGAUUUAAAUUAGCCUGCCUUGGAGUGUGAUUCUUGAGGGCUCUGAAAUAUGUUCUUCUUCUGAGACUAUAGUCUAAGUAAUCUUGAUAAUGUUCUUUUUAACUAUUGUCGUUUUGUGCAGAAAGCAAUGGUAAAUGUACAAGAACAUUGGGUGAUUAAGAUGUUAGUAACUAACUGUUGCUUCCCUUGGCUUCAUUGCUAUCCUGUUACUUUCCUUUAGUUUUUUUAAAAGGCUAUGAGCAUAUGACCUUUAAACAUUAAUCAUCAAAGGGGACUUUUUCAUUGAACAGUUAAUAUAUUUGUUCAAAGUCUCAUGUGACUUGAGUGAGUUGAGUAAAAUGUCAGAAUCUCAUCUCCAGUAGUUUUGUGGUAAAAAUUUCCGUUAUGAUUACAGUUUCCCCCCCACAAUGCAUGUAGAACUCUGAUAAAUCAUAUCUAUUAUACUGACAGAAGACUUGAUUCAAGUCUUCUGAGUGCCAAUGCUCAUGUAACCACAAUGAUGCCAUUUGUGCGCAAGAGACAGAUCAGCAGGCUCAGGAUAAUCCUGAGAUCUGUGGAAGUACAAUAAAAAAUAAAUAACUGGGGGGGGGGGUUACAAAACCUAAUGAAAACUGAGUGUGCUCAGGGGCCAUGGAAUGCUAGCUGACUGUUGUGGAAUAAGAAAUGGGGGAAGUGGAAUGGAAUACGGUGAACAGGAGGCUUCCACACGGCAACAUUUUGUUGUCGGUCCCAUUGCCUAUAGGGCUAGGCGAUAUAUCAAUAUAUCGUCCAAAACUGGUUUGAAGUCCAUAUCGGGAUAUUGGUUUCAUAAUUUUUGACCUGGCAAUAUAUCGCAAAUCGUGAUGUGUUUGUGCUAUGCAAAAAUCACAAUUUGGGGGAAAACCAUGAAGCCAGCCAAUGCCUCUACAUAGCUCCAUCCUUAUUUCAGACAUCGUGAUAUGUUGUGAUGUUGAAAACCAGGUAUCGCCCAGCCCUAUCUUAGCUACUUACACAUCAGCAAAAAACUUCAUUGGUCUGUUCACAGGCCCAUUAAACCAAACCAAGAGACAAAUGAGCAAACAUGCAGGCCCCUGGAAAGUAUGACUUUCUCUUCACUGAUCAUUAUGCUGCUGUGCUGAACCAAACCGCAGUUUGACUUCAUGUGUCAGCUAAUGCUUGGCUCAUGGUUUAGCUGUUUACCAGGCAAAUCACGGGCUGUAAUCAAGGUGUGCCCUGUGGUUUGUCCUCUUGAGCAGCCCACAUUUGGUCAUUUGCACCAGGCCAUGAUUUGGCUUGGCUUGGUAUUACCUGAGAACGAAGGUAGAUCUUGCAAAACAUGUUUUUUUGGGCAAUCUUGCCAAGUUGGAUGACAUAUCUCAUUAAAUUAGUUCAUCGCUAUUUCAGCUGAACGAGAUUGCCCACCUAAGGCUGAAGACACUCCAGUUUGUAAGCCUGAGGCCAGUUUCUUUUUCAAAAAAUACAACCAUAAUGAAUGUUACUCCUAUCUAGCCAGUAAAAAGAACUAACAAUUGUUUACAAUAUAAACAUUCCCUGUGGUAUAAUUCAGUAUUGAUUUUAUGGCACUCGCUGGAACAUCUGAGUAUAUAUUUGCCCUAAGGAGUUGAUCGUUCCUGGUUCUUAAGCAAGAGCAUGAAAUGUAGGAAAAUAUAUUCUGCUUAGCAUAUUCAUUAUCUUGAAGUACAAUAGUAUUUAUUGUUGUUUUUUUAAAAAAUAUUUUUAUCCCACAUUUUCUGUUCGAUAACACCUUCAAGAUGGUUUAACAGCAUCAAUCCAAACAGUUCGAUUUCAGUAAAACAACACAAUAAAACAUCCAAUAUUAAGGAACAUAAUUCAGUAGUGCAGGAAGAUAGCCAAUAUCAUAACAGUGAGCAUAAUAUUCAGUUAUAUAAGUUGAGAGUCCAGUAAGUCUUUUCUGUGAACCGUCCUGAGACCUCCAGUUAAAGGGCGGUAUAUGAAUUCAAUCAAUCAAUCAAAUAAUAAUAAUAAUAAUACAGUGGUACUGUGCUGGUCCCGGGGGUAAGGUACCUUGGGUGUAGCAGAGUCCACACGAAGAGGGGCAAGGUCCGAGGCAGAGAGCCGGGCGGGGAACAGGAAUGCUGGAACAGGAGGCUGUGCAGGGAACAGGAACACCGGAUGGUCGGGAACAGGAGGCCGAGCAGGGAACAGGAGUACCGGAUAGUCAGGAACAGGAAGCCGAGCAGGGAACAGGAGCACAGGAAGGUCCGAAGCCAACAACGACGUUGCUCCCGCAACCUGGGGCCGGGCUGACUGGGCUUUUAUCCUCUUCUAAGGCCAGGGGCGGUCCCGGUCCCCAGGAGCCCCGCCUCCUCUGGCCUUAAGGCGAGCACUCCUCCUGGGGGCAACCAGUUCCCUUCGCCUCUCUGCCCUAAGCCUCUGCAGAUCAGGAGAGGCCGAAGGGUUACUGGGCCCUGGAGGAGGCUCACCUGUGGUCACUGAGUCAUCAAGCCCCUCUGGGGCCAGAAGGGCUUCACCUGGGGCCAGCUCCUGAUGCACUGCCACAGGUGCAGGCUCUUCAGCAUCUAGGCCUUGCCCCAGUUCAGCCGGCCCUGGAGGCGGGGACUCCUGUGCAGGCUGGGAUUCCUCUGUUUCAUCCUCCGAAUCGGAAUCCCAGGCCAUCACACCAUCCCCCCUCCCAGGCCCCCCCCUCAACCGAGGGUCCGGACCCGGCUUGCCGGGGUACGUCGCAUGGAACUCUCGGAGGCAGGCAGGUGCGUGGACAUUGGCCGCUGGUUCCCAGGAACGGUCCUCUGGUCCGUACCCCUUCCAGUCAAUGAGAUACUGCAGCUUUCCCUGCGGUAUCGGGAGUCCAGGAUGCGUUCCACCUCGUACUCAGGCUCUCCCGAACCAACACUGGCUGCGGUCGGGGACGGUCCGGGUGGAACUCGUCGGGUGGGGCCACCGGACUCAAAAGGGACCUGAGGAAGACCGGGUGAACCUUCAGGGUUGCGGGUAACCGGAGACGGAAUGCCACAGGAGAGAUUUGGUCUACGAUAGGGAACGGGCCGGUGAAGCGGGCGUCCAACUUCCGCGAAGGUCGAGAGGGGUGGAGGUGGCGAGUGGAGAGCCAAACCAGGUCACCGACGCGAGUUCCGGCCCCACCUGGCGGUGGCGGUCGGCCUGGGCUUUGUACGCUUCCUUGGCCUGGUGCAGUUGCUCCACCAAAAGCUGUUGCUGGGACUGGAGCUCUUGAAGCCACUCCGUCACCGCCGGGACCGCGGAUGCCGGCAGCACCUCUGGAAACAGCCGUGGAUGAUAACCAUAACUGGCCUGGAACGGGGUCUGCUGGGUGGACGCAUUCACCGCGUUGUUAUAGGCGAACUCCGCCAAUGCCAGGUGGUCGACCCAGUCAUCCUGCUGGUAGCUGCAGUAACACCGGAGGUACUGCUCCAGCACCGCGUUCGCCCGCUCCGUCUGGCCAUCGGUCUGUGGGUGGUAGGCUGACGAGAGGCAGACCUCUGUCCCGAGGGUCUGGUGUAAUGCUCGCCAGAACCGGGAUGUGAACUGAACGCCCCGGUCGGACACCACGCGCUCAGGUAGUCCAUGCAGGCGGAAGACAUGCUGAAGGUACAGCUGAGCAGUUUCCUUGGCUGUGGGUACAGAUGGACAGGGAGCGCAGUGCACCAUCUUGGUGAAAUGGUCGGAGAAAACCAGAAGGCAGGUACAGCCACGAGACGAGGGUAAGUCCACUACAAAGUCCAACGAAACCGUGUGCCAGGGGCGCGGUGGAACUGGCAAUGGCUGAAGUAGGCCGGGGGGUCGCCCGGUAGGUCCCUUGGCGCGCCGGCAGACAUCACAACCAGCAACGUAGCGAGCCACGUCAGCCUUCAGGCGGGGCCACCAAAACUCUCGACUGACCAGAUGGGUGGUCCGAUACCGUCCAAAGUGCCCCGCUGCUGGGGCAUCAUGGGCCAUCCGGAGAACCUCCAGCCGUAGUGGCCCUGGCGGGAUGUGACAGACGACCGUGGUGCAGCAGAAGGCCCUGAUGCAGGACCAGCCCCGGAUACUGUGGGCUGGACCCUUCAGCCAGCUCCCGGAGUCGUUCCUGGGCCCAAGCGUCGACCCGCUGCUGUUCCCGCACCCGAACCUGCAGUGGCUGCGCCUCCUGGGUGGCCAGGAAUGCGGCCGGAGGUAGGAUCGUGGUGGGUUCUGCUUGCUGUACCGUGUCUGCGUUGUCUUCGGGUUUCCGGGACAGGGCAUCCGCCUUCUGAUUCUGAGAGCUAGGGAUGUAGCGGAUCCGGAACUGGAACCGGGAAAAGAACAACGCCCACCGGAUCUGUCUUUGGUUCAGUUUGCGGGUGGUCUGGAGGUACUCCAGGUUCCGGUGGUCGGUUCUCACCUCCACCGGAUGUCGUGCCCCUCAAGAUGGUGGCGCCAGACCUCAAAGGCUACCUUGAUGGCCAGUAGUUCCCGCUCCCACACAGUAUAGUUACGCUCCGCUGGUAGGAGCUGGCGAGAAUAGAAGGCACAGGGUAAGAGUGGCGCUUCAGGACCAAUCUGUUGAGACAAGACGGCACCGAGAGCCGUACUGGAAGCGCCGGUCUCCACCACAAAGGGUCGAGAGGGGUCAGGAUGUUGUAAGAUUGGUGCCCUCUGGAAACAGGCCUUCAACCCCUGAAACGCCUCCUCUGCCUCCUUGUCCCAGGAAAACGGCGUCUUUGGGCGCAGUAGCCGGGUCAACGGGGUGGUGCGAUGAGCAUAAUCAGCGAUGAAGGUCCGGUAGUAAUUGGCGAACCCCAGGAAACGCUGCAGGUCCUUGCGGUUCCGGGGUGCCGCCCAUUCUUGAACCGCUGUCACCUUCCCCGGGUCCAUUUGCACCCCAUCUGGAGAGAGCCGGUGACCAAGGAAGUCCACAGUCCGCUGAUGGAACUCGCACUUGCUGAGCUUUGCGUACAAACGGUGCUCACGCAAGCGCUGCAGCACGGUCCGGACAUGUCCCUCAUGGCAAGCCGGGUCACGGGAGUAAAUCAGUAUGUCAUCCAAAUACACCACCACGUACUUGUCUAACAAGUCCUGAAACACGUGGUUGAUGUAGCGUUGAAACACAGCAGGCGCGUUGCACAAACCGAAAGGCAUAACCAAAUAUUCGAACUGCCCGUACCGGGUCCCAAACGCUGUCUUCCACUCAUCCCCGGCUCGGAUCCGAAUCAAGUUGUAGGCCCCCCGGAGGUCCAGCUUGGUGAACACCUGUGCCCCUUGCACCCGCUCCAGCAGUUCCGAGAUAAGGGGCAAGGGGUACCGGUCUGGGACGGUAAUUUUGUUCAGGGCUCGGUAAUCAUGGCAAGGGCGGUGUUCCUCACAUUUCUUCUUAACGAAAAGCACUGGUGCCGCGGUAGGCGAGGUGGAAGGCCUAAUGAACCCACGCUCCAGGUUCUUGCGCAAGAAGUCCUGCAAAGCCUCGCGCUCUGGCUCUGUUAGGGAAUAUAAGCGACUCACUGGUAAAGGCGCUCCGGGUUGGAGGUCUAUGCCGCAGUCAAAGGCCGAUGUGGCGGCAGCUGGUCUGCCCCCGUUCCUCGAACACGUCCUGGUAGUCCUGGUACACGGCUGGGAGCGUGGGUGCUGCCUCCUCUGAGGCGCGCCCGCCAGCGCACCGGACUGCGCAUGGGAACAUGGGUCUGGGAAGUGCACGGUCCGUUCGACCCAGUCACUCGGAACGGUGUGGGCUUCCAGCCAGUCCAUCCCGAGCACCAGGGGGAAGCGGGGCAUAGAGGCAAUGUCCAAAGUCCGCAACUCCCGGUGCUGCUGGAGACACAGGACCAAGGGCUGGGUCUCCUGAGUAACGGCACCUGAACGCAGAAGUCGUCCGUCAAUCGCUUCCACCUGGACCGGUACUGGCUUGUUCCAAGUGGCACCUGAUGAUGGGCGGCAAAAGCAGCGUCCAUAUAGGAGCGGGUUGCCCUGAAUCUACCAAAGCAUGGGUGAGGAUCCAGGGCCCACCUGGAGGGUAUAAACGUACUGAAACCAUAAGAUGUUGCAAGUCCAUUGGUGCGGGCCCAUUCUGUACGGUUUGGGACCCCCGGUAGCUAGGGCCAUCAGCUACUGGGGUUGGCGGCUCUGCGGCUGGCGUUCUCAGGGCAGGACCGAGCGAAGUGUCCACUUCCGCCACAGUAAAGACAGAGAUUUCCUCCCGACGCCGCGCCUUCUCCGCGGCGAAAGGCGCGGCCGCACUGCCCCGAGCUGCAUAGGCUCCUCCGUUAAAUCAGCUGUGACCGUGGGGCUGCCGGAAAAAGCUGGUGCCGUGAACUGGAAGUGUCGGCGACCCCGGGCCUGACGACGAUCCUCCAACCGGUCGUCUAUUUGUAGACUCCGUUGAAUGAGAGUGUCCAGCGUGGUGGGGCGGUCCAUUGUGGCCAACUGGUCCAGUACCUCGUCCGAAAGCCCUUCGAGAUACUGGUCCCGCAGUGCCGAGUCAUUCCAGGUCAAGUCCUGUGCCAACAGCCGAAACUCCGUGGUAUAUGUGGCCACCGUGGACUUGCCCUGUUUCAAACGCCGAAUCGCCCGGUUGGCUUGACUCUCUUCUGGGGGUUGCCGAACGCGGCCUCCAAACGAUUGCAAACCCCGUAUAGUCUGCCAGCAAGGGGAGUCUUGCCUGAGUAACGGCAACGCCCACUUGGCCGCCUGGUCCUUUAACAAACUAUCAAAAAGUGCACCUUGGUGCGGUCGUCAGGAAGUUCCGGGCUCGCCCCUGAAUAUACAGCUUGGCCUGGGCCAGGAACAUGGGAAAGCUGGCCGGGCUCCAUCAAAUUUCUCAGGCAAAGCCACUGGGUACUUGCCCGGAGCCGGGCGCCGGCCCCAGGAGCCGGUAGGGCUUCCAAGCGAUGAAGAAGUGCCACAACCGCGUCGCUGAGCUGCUGCACGGUGUGAUUCAAGGCCUGGUUCUCCUGGGCCAAAGCCACCAGUGCAGCCGCCUGUUCAGCCAUGGCCUCUGGCUCUUCCCGAACGCACCCCUACGAAGGGGAAGUGCGGGUGUGGCGGGAGCAAACUGUGCUGGUCCCGGGGUAAGGUACCUUGGGUGUAGCAGAGUCCACACGAAGAGGGGCAAGGUCCGAGGCAGAGAGCCGGGCGGGGAACAGGAAUGCUGGAACAGGAGGCUGUGCAGGGAACAGGAACACCGGAUGGUCGGGAACAGGAGGCCGAGCAGGGAACAGGAGUACCGGAUAGUCAGGAACAGGAAGCCGAGCAGGGAACAGGAGCACAGGAAGGUCCGGAGCCAACAACGACGUUGCUCCCGCAACCUGGGGCCGGGCUGACUGGGCUUUUAUCCUCUUCUAAGGCCAGGGGCGGUCCCGGUCCCCAGGAGCCCCGCCUCCUCUGGCCUUAAGGCGAGCACUCCUCCUGGGGGCAACCAGUUCCCUUCGCCUCUCUGCCCUAAGCCUCUGCAGAUCAGGAGAGGCCGAAGGGUUACUGGGCCCUGGAGGAGGCUCACCUGUGGUCACUGAGUCAUCAAGCCCCUCUGGGGCCAGAAGGGCUUCACCUGGGGCCAGCUCCUGAUGCACUGCCACAGGUGCAGGCUCUUCAGCAUCUAGGCCUUGCCCCAGUUCAGCCGGCCCUGGAGGCGGGGACUCCUGUGCAGGCUGGGAUUCCUCUGUUUCAUCCUCCGAAUCGGAAUCCCAGGCCAUCACAGGUACCUUGGUUUUCGAACAGCUUUAGUUCAUGAACAACUUGGAACCCGAACGCUGUAAAACCGGAAGUAGGUGUUCCGGUUUUCGAACUUUUCCCCGGAAGCCGAACAUGCUCUGUUUUGAGUCCUGAGCUUCCGUUUUUACUGUUGUGCAGUUAAUUUGCAUUCCCCCAUUGUAAUUCAAGCCUUCUGUUUCCGGGUUUCCUGUUGUGCUGCUAAUUUGCACCCCCCCCCCAAUUAUAAUUCAAACCUUCUGUUUCCAAUAGCAGUGUUCUGAGGUGAUAUGUGGAGCUUACGGUAUAGUUGGUGCUUUUGUUUUUGCUAUUUAUUUUGCGUUUUUUGUUUUUGAGGCUUUUUCGGUUAAUUUGUUUUUGUGACUGUGUUUGUUUGAUUGAUUGAUUAUGUGACUGCGGAAAUGGAUAAAAGCCCCCCCCCAUCCAAACAAUGACUAUCAUCAGUGCAGGUAAGAAAUUUUUUUAAUAUUAAUUUUUAUCAUCUACAAUGCUGCUUUAUUUGUUUUAUAGUACAGUACAUUGUUUAUUGCUUUCAUUUUAUGGAUCAAUGGUGUCGUUAGAUAGUAAAAUUCAUGUUAAAUUGCUGUUUUAGGGGUUGUUUUUAAAAGUAUGGAACGGAUUAAUCCAUUUUGCAUUACUUUCUAUGGGAAAGUGUGCCUUGGUUUUGGAAUGCUUUGGUUUUGGAACAGACUUCCGGAAUGGAUUAAGUUUGAGAACCAAGGUACCACUGUAGUAGUAGUAAUAAUAAUAAUAAUAAUAAUAAUAAUAAAAAGAAGUUUAUAAUCAGCUGACAGUUCAUUCUCUUAGGAUCUUCUAUCUGGGCUUUUCAGGUAAAGGAGUUCCCUGGCCACUCCUUUCUCAAAGUGUGCCAUUAGAAUACUAAUUGAGAAAUAAUGUUCUACAUACUGUAGUUCUUAAAGGAGAACAGUGGCAUCACCAGCAAGAUGACCAUGUACAACUUGUCCUUAAACUGUUACUCAUGGAAUCUACUGGUUAGCUACUGUCCACAGCUAUCUCAAAUUAGUUCUUGAAUUUCCCUCCAGUUAGCUUGCUUCAGUGACCUGGUGGUGGUAAUCAGAAAGGGACCAGUUAAACCAAAAAUAAGAUAAAUUGGAAAUAUAUAUUUAAAUCAAAGCACAGAAAUGUUAAAAAGAGAUAAACUCAGCAAUCCUAUAUGAAAUGUAACAGGGCAUUGUAUUAUGGAAAAGAAUAUUACACGGACAAAUAAAAAUAAAGAAAUAAACAGCUACCAAUAAAGCAUGUAUCAUUGCAUCCUCAUGAAACUUCCACCAGUCCAAGCUAGUUAAAAGCUUACUGAAUCCCUAAACUUGCAUCCACCUUCAAAGUCAACAACCACAGGAUCUUAUUGCCACAUACUGCAAAAUUUUCCAAGGCUAAAGACUCACAGCACUUCUAACUAAAGUGAAACGUGAAAGUCAAGAAGAUCAAAUCUGUUCAGAAUGCCUUAGGGUUAGCCAAAACCACAAUAAUAGAAGUCCAGUUAGAAAAUGUGUUGACUAUCAGGAAAACUACUCCAGGGCCAAGGUUUCCUUCAGACAAUUGAAGUCUUGUCCAAACGGAAAUAACAAAAAGGAACAUAAACUUUGGCAAAGUAAAUGCAAGUCAACAAAAAGUAUUUGGGGAACACUUUGCUAAACACAUUAAAACCACCACCAGCAAAAUAUUUAAAUUUGUUAGCAGUAAGAAGCCAGCUAGCGAGGUGGGGUAGCAAAGGAGUCAAAGGUGUGCUUAAAAGGUGGGAGGGACUGCAGAGCAGCUGAAUUCAUUGCAUUGCUUUCCACAGUGAAAGAUGUAGAGCAGCUGCCUGCCCUUGAACUAACUUUCUUAGGAAGGCAAAUAAACAAUGAGAUGAAGUUAUAGGCCUUAUUGACAGAUUUAAAACAGACAAAUCACUGUUUUAAAUCAUAGAUGGCAUCCAUCCAAGAGUUCUUAAAUAGCUCAGAUGAACUUGUCCCUAAGAUCAGCCUCCAUGCGUAAGCACUGGAAAUAGACAGGAUCCAGGGGAGUUCUGGGAAAUUACAGUCUGCUCCAGGAAAACUGGUAGAAAGCACUAUUAAAGAUAGAGUACCAAGAAUAUAGACAAACAGGUCUUGCAGAAGCAGAACCAGUAUGGCUCAUCUAAGUUUAACUAACCUUUGAGAGCUCUUUUAAAAUAUCAGUAAACAUAUAGACGGUGAUCCAGUCAACACUGUGUGCUGAGAUUUUCAAAGAGCUUUUGAUUAAACAUACCCCCCAACAUUUUGGGAGGGCAAAUCGGGGCACCACCCACAACUCAAUCGCUCACCUGCUUGCCUCCUCCCUGCCACCGCCCCCUUGCUUGCCUGUCUUCUUGUCCCCCUCCUACCUGUGCCAGAGCACAGGAGCCAAAACAGGACAUCCCAAAUUGGGAUAAUAAUAAUAAUAAUAAUAAUAAUAAUAAUAAUAAUUUUUAUACCCUGCCCUCCCCAGCCAAGGCCGGGCUCAGGGCGGCUAACAAGCAAUUAUAAAAACAAGUUGAAUGAAUACAACUUAAAAGCAAGAUUAAAAUACAACAUUAAAAUAUUGAAACAUUAAAAUAUGAAAUUGCAGCCUCAUAACAGCAGGAGAAAGGAAAAAGAAAAAAGAAAGAGGGGGAGGGAAUCAAAUUGGCUCCAAGCCAAAGGCCAGGCAGAACAACUCUGUCUUACAGGCCCUGCGGAAAGAAAUCAGAUCCUGCAGGGCCCUGGUCUCAUGAGGCAGAGCGUUCCACCAGGCCGGAGCCAGUGUUGAAAAGGCCCUGGCUCUGGCUGAAGCUAAUCUAACUUCCUUAGGGCCCGGGACCACUAGGGUGUUGCUAUUUAUGGACCUUGAGGCUCUCUGUGGGGCAUACCGGGAGAGGUGGUUCCGUAGGUACGAGGGUCCUAGGCCGUGAAGCUGGGCUGGCGUCUGUCACUCCAGGAUGUCCCGCUUAAAACAGGACACUUGGAGGUUAUGCAUAAAGUCCAUCACCAAAGACUCUUGAGUAAGUUUAGUAGUCAUGGAAUAAUAGGAGACGUCCUCUUAUAGAUCAGCAACUGGUUAAGCAACAGAAGCUGAGAAUAGGAAUAAGCAGAUCUCCAAAAGGACCUCUAUUUUAAUUUGCAUUAAAAUAGCAAAUGAAGUUCAAUAUAAGCAAGUGUAAAGUGAUGCAUAUUGAGGCAAAGAAAAGGCACAAAUGAAGUCUGAACUGGCAGUGACUGAUCAGAAACGAGACUUUGGGAUUGUACUGGAUAACUCAAUGAAGUUUUCAGGUUGGUACACAGCAGUUGUAAAACAGGUUGGACUAAAAUGCGAGCCAGCUUCUUUUUUGGCUGAGCAGUCUCAAACCCCCUCCCCAUAAUGCAGCCUUAUGCAAACUCAUGGCGCUUCUCUCUUUUACAACAUUACAAGAGUAUGAGCCUUCCUUUUCCUUCAUGCAAACUCUAAUGCAUGUCCAGCCUAGUUAUUUCUAACACUGAUUACUGCAGUUUUCUCUCUGGUCUUUCAUUGUCUCACUUUCUUCUGUUCACAUGGACUCUACUGCCAUAGUUAUUCGCCUCUUCCUCUCUUUCUGGUCAUGCUUCCUCUGACUAUAUAUAUAGUGCACACAUGCAUAUGUGCAGUAUAUAAUUAAAUGUUUAAAAAUACACAUACAAGCCAACAAACAAAUAUAGUCUAAAUAUAAUCAGCAGCUAUAGUAUGAAUAACAAUAUUUAUUUCAGUUCAGUAACUCCUAAAUGCAUACUUAAACCUCCAUUCUAUAAAUCCAUAAAAUGUUUAAAUUGAACAUCACAAGUAUUAAGGAAUUAAUCAUUGUAGCUCUCCUAAGAAGCAUUCAAAAGGAUUUGAGAUCUUCCUUACUAUUUUCUUGGUGAACUGCCGAGUGUUUGAAACUCCCAUUGUUCCAGGCACAUUUUGCAACAGGGAAUUUCAUUAGUGCAAUCUGUUUUUGUGCUCUGGGCACAGUGCUGCGCCUAAGAUUUCAGAUUAAAACUUCAGAGUGGAAGGAAAGGAGGACCUUUUUCUGCCUCACCAUUUCCAGCUAUUCUUCGAAGACUGAAGAAGAGACCCUCUUAAGGAUAUUGGGGGGGGGGUGAGGGCAGGGGAAGAACUAGACCAUGUGACAACUGAACACAAUACUUUAGCUGCAGUUCAUUCAUUUUCAGCUUUGUAUUCUUGUUAUUAAAAAAAUGUGCCUAGACAUUACAUAGUUGUGCACAUAACGCUAGGUUUAAGGUGCCAUUUAGCUCCUAGCUUUCAUAUCUCAGUUUCUAACACUGGAACUGCCCCUUGGAAAAUAUAGGUAUUCCCUCCCCUAACAUUGGUUCUUUUAAUAAUAAUAGUUAUUCCACUCUACUAGGGGCUGGCAACCUUUUUAGGCCAGUGAGCACAUUGGGAUUUUUGAGUGUUCCAUAGGUAGCAUCGUCUCUGGUCACUUGUCUUAAGAGAAAGUGAAGAAUAUUUUGUAAAGAAUGAUAAAGGCAGUUUAGCCCUCUCUAAUGGAUCAUUAUUCCAUGUCUGCUUAAUUAAAAUAUUUGCUGUCUUGGUGUAAUACCACUGAGAACUGCCAAUGAUUAGAUAGAUACAAACAUACAAUCAGAUGUAGUAUUCUGCAUUUGAAACACAGACUGGCCCAAGAAGAUCAGGAGUCAACUUGUGUUUCACCUUGAUGAUUUUGGGACUCCAGGAGGAAACAAAACUAGCCUCUGGAUUCUUACUCUCAACAUGCCUAGAUUUUAAUUCAGAAAAAGUAUUGUUUCAAAGAAUAGCAUUUGGCUGAUAUAAAUAAAGCAUUAGUUUAUUCAAUUUGUUAAUCUUACAGAACAUAAAGGUAAAGGUAAUGGACCCCAGACCAUUAGGUCCAGUCGUGACCGACUCUGGGGUUGCGGCGCUCAUCUCACUUUAUUGGCCGAGAGAGCCGGCGUACAGCUUCCGGGUCAUGUAGCCAGCAUGACUAAGCCGCUUCUGGCAAACCAGAGCAGCGCACGGACACGCCGUUUACCUUCCCGCCGGAGUGGUACCUAUUUAUCUACUUGCACUUUGACGUGCUUUUGAACUGCUAGGUUGGCAGGAGAAGGGACCGAGCAACGGGAGCUCACCCUGUUGUGGGGAUUCGAACCGCGACCUUCUGAUUGGCAAGUCCUAGCCUCUGUGGUUUAACCCACAGCGCCACCCUUACAGAACAUAGAAAGUUGCUUUACACUUGAGCCCAAACCAUUAACCCAUCUAGCGCAGAACUGGCUUCAGUGACUGGUAGUCUCUGUCCAGGCUUUCAGACAGGGGUCUUUCCAGGUCUACUUAAAGAUGCCAGCAGAUGCUCUACCGCUACGGCCUUUCCCCUCUUCGCAGUUUUACUCUUAAAAAAAAAAAAAAAAGUGUAAAUUUUCCUUUCAUGUUCAGUUUCCAGCCAGCUAACUUUCAGAACUGAUAAAGAAGCGGAUCCAAAUCUCUUCUACUUUUGGUGUUGCUUUGUGUGUAUUUUACCUUCCCUGCCCACAAGUAUCCAAAAAGACUUGCUUGAACAAAGAGAUCUGAUCUCUCUUGAGCACUCGUAUCUGCUUACAUCACAAGGCCUUCCUGAGUGCAUGACUUUAAACUGACCUUGAGGUUUACAAGCUGGUAAGUAACUAUACAACAGCUCAAGAACACAAGCCUACCAGUGCUGCUUUUAGGGAGCGGGAGUGGAAGGGGGGGGGGAGAGAGGGGGGGAAUCCCAACCAUGGGAUCCAAAGACAUUUCAAAGAACAUGUAGUUUAACCCUUCGGCAAUACAUUCUAUUACUUAUUGCUGUUAUAUAGGCUCUCAAUCCUAUGUUUGAAAAUAGUCAAACGGGCGUAAUAUAUUAAAACAAAACUUUUAAAUGUUGAAGGUACAGGAGACACAAUGGCAAAGUCACAGUAAAAAAAUAUGUAAAAGUGCAGUUAUCAACACAAUAAACUCAUUUCCAGAGGGGCAGCCUUGUCUGUACUUCAGCAAAAACAGAGGUUUGCAGUACCUUUAAAGAUUAGCACAUGUAUUCUUCCAGUCUACUUAAUUCGAUGCACAAAAUGUAAGACGUACACAGGUGUUUGCAAAACAAUAAUUGAGUUAAUUUUCUUAGAUGAAACAUUCCUUCCUCACUUCACACAGGAAUAGACAGUGCAUAUUGCACAAGGCAUCAUUGUAAAAAAAGAAGUGAUUUUUCAAAACUUAAUCAUGUGCAAAUAUAUGCUAAUUUAAUAAGUUAAAACUAAUUGAUCAGUGUAUUGUAACUUUGUAGGCUAGUGUAUACAUAUACAUACAGGCUCUAGGGUUGCCAUAUUUCAAAAAUGAAAAUCCAGACACAAAAGUUGUUGAGCUCCCCCCCACCACUAUUUUUUUAAGGAAAUUUGCAAAAAAACAUCACUUAGAAUCAUAGAGUUGGAAGAGACCACAAGGGCCAUCGAGUCCAACCCCCUGCCAAGCAGGGAACACCAUCAGAGCACUCCUGACAUAUGGUUGUCAAGCCUCUGCUUAAAGACCUCCAAAGAAGGAGACUCCACCACACUCCUUGGCAGCAAAUUCCAAUGUCGAACAGCUCUUACUGUCAGGAAGUUCUUCCUAAUGUUUAGGUGGAAUCUUCUUUCUUGUAGUUUGGAUCCAUUGCUCCGUGUCUGCUUCUCUGGAGCAGCAGAAAACAACCUUUCUCCCUCCUCUAUGUGACAUCCUUUUAUAUAUUUGAACAUGGCUAUCAUAUCACCCCUUAACCUCCUCUCUCCAGGCUAAACAUGCCCAGCUCCCUUAGCCGUUCCUCAUAAGGCAUCGUUUCCAGGCCUUUGACCAUUUUGGUUGCCCUCCUCUGGACACGUUCCAGUUUGUCAGUGUCCUUCUUGAACUGUGGUGCCCAGAACUGGACACAGUACUCCAGGUGAGGUCUGACCAGAGCAGAAUACAGUGGCACUAUUACUUCCCUUGAUCUAGAUGCUAUACUCCUAUUGAUGCAGCCCAGAAUUGCAUUGGCUUUUUUAGCUGCCGCGUCACACUGUUGGCUCAUGUCAAGUUUGUGGUCAACCAAGACUCCUAGAUCCUUUUCACAUGUACUGCUCUCAAGCCAGGCGUCACCCAUCUUGUAUUUGUGCCUCUCAUUUUUUUUGCCCAAGUGCAAUACUUUACAUUUCUCCCUGUUAAAAUUCAUCUUGUUUGUUUUGGCCCAGUUCUCUAAUCUGUCAAGGUCGUUUUGAAGUGUGAUCCUGUCCUCUGGGGUGUUAGCCACCCUCCCAGUUUGGUGUCAUCUGCAAAUUUGAUCAGGAUGCCCUUGAGUCCAUCAUCCAAGUCGUUGAUAAAGAUGUUGAAUAGGACCGGGCCCAAGACAGAACCCUGUGGCACCCCACUAGUCACUCUUCUCCAGGAUGAAGAGGAACCAUUGAUGAGCACCCUUUGGGUUCGGUCAGUCAGCCAGUUACAAAUCCACUGAGUGGUAGCAUAGUCAAGACCGCAUUUUACCAGCUUCUUUACAAGAAUAUCAUGGGGCACCUUGUCAAAUGCCUUGCUGAAAUCAAGGUAGGCUACAUCCAUUGCGUUCCCUUCAUCUACCAGGCUUGUAAUUCUGUCAAAAAACGAGAUCAGGUUAGUCUGACAUGAGUUGCCAUACGCCUGAGUUUUACCAAUUCCACCUGGAAGCUAUUUCUGACAGAGAAAUUCCGGAUAUGUCUGGGAAAUUCCGGACGUAUGGCAGCCCUAACUGACUCUUCUAUUUGAACACAAUCCAGUUAAACAAUAGAUUUAAGGUAUGCUUAACUUUGUUGCUGUUUUGCCAAGCCUCCUUGUUUAUCCUCUUGAAAAUGGCCUUUCCAGGGUAGGUUGUAGAACCAAUCAAACUCAUUGGAGAUCUUUCACGGUCUGUUCUGUUGCUUUUUAUUUCACCACCUCUUCCCCUGCUCACUCUUCCAAUACCAGGCUCUGUUUCUCUGUACCGCCUUCGUUCCUCUACUUUUGUCAAAUUCAAAACUUGUAACUUCUAUACCUCCCAAUUUUGGUGCCUGUUCUCAUGAUUCCGAAGAAGAUUGUUGUUAUCCUAGUCAUUUCAGCCUGCUGCUUGUAGUGUUCCGAGGCUAAUUCUUCAAUCUGAUGGAUGUUUUUGCAUUGUUUGGGAUGAGAUCCUGCCAGCAGCUUUCUGACAAAGUGCUUUGGGUUCUUUUUAAAAAAGGUAUCAAGGCUAUACAAGAUUAAAUGCAUCUUGCUUGAAGUAGCAAAUUAUUUGGAUCUAUAUCUCACGAUGAAAAAUUUUGGAAGCUUUUUUCAGUUUGCAAACUACCGUAGCGUUCUGCAAACAGCAUUUUCUUAGCUUCAUAAAGAGGAAGAAUGCUUCCCUUUAUGACUGCUCUAAACAGUGAAGCUAGACUUGUAUGUUAAGAGCAACUGCUCUGGUUCAUUUGCUGCUAUGCUAUCAUAGCAGUUGUUUUGAACAAAAAAAGAACUUGACUAUAAUAAUGGAUUGCCUCUCCCAUCUCAUCUGUGCCAUGCUCUACUUAAUAUUUCUCUGCCCCUCUAUUUUCCUCAGACUUGUUCCACAUUUCAUUGAUCUUGGAAUAAGGCAAAACAUCUUGUAGUGGAAGUGUUAUGUCAUAAGAACAGGUGUCUAUAGGUUGGUUACUUUUAGACUAUACUUUACUAUUUAUAGCUUAACCUCUUCAUACAGACACCUCUGUUUAUGUUACCAUGGUAUUGUAUGUCAUGCUUGGUGGUAAAGACAAAUAAAAAUAGAUGCAAUGGCACCAAAAUAACAGCAUAACAGGUGGUCAUAUUUAUGAAGUUGUAAUUUUGGGUAGUGAAGAGACUGGUACGUUCUAGGCCCCAGAGUGUUGAAAAUCAACCCUUAAUAACUCACUGACAGUUGUGGAAAACGCUUUGCUGAUAAAUAUACACUUGUUCUACCUUUGAUGACGUACGUGAAAUAGGCACGCAUCUAGAACUCCCACAACUCCACUUAGAUGUGAAACUUGCUCUUUCGUACUUGUAGUAUUCUUCAAUUCUGGAAAAAGUUGUACUCCUAUCUAGCUGCACUUUGUGGAUAUAGGCAAAAUACUGCAUUUUCAAGUACUGUUAAAGCAGAAGAUUAACACAAUUAUGUAUUGAUCGUUCCUAAACGCUAUUUGUAGGAUCGCUUUUGCCUUUGCAAAACCUGUUUUAAUUCUUAACUACCAAGGUUAGUAUUGGUCUCUGAUGAAGCUGAAAAAUAAUGCAUAGUAUAAGUAGAGGGCAUAUAAUAUUAAAAUGAGUGUUAAGUGUGAUUAUUAUAAAUUUACUUAAUUAGCCAGCUAAAAAUGUAAUAUGUUAGCAGGAUUCUUAAUCCUGAAUUUUGUAUCUGAGCAAGUCUGGUUAUGUUUCUGUACUUGAAAACUGAUAGUGGUGUACUAGGAGUUAGGGGUAAUGACAGGGGAAUAACUUUUAAAUGAAGGAUUUCAAUUUGCUUCUUGUAUUUUUUUCACAUAUAGGAACACCUGCCAAGAUUCCUUAGUCUUAACUGAAGACAAGUGCUCAGAACUUUUCAGAACCAAGGGCUGGUAGUGACUAGGAUGAACAUUGUUCCUUCAUGACAUGGAAAUUAUAUAGCCAUGGUGACAGUGCACAUAUUGAUAAUUUGCACAAUAAUUAAUACAGAAUGUGGCUAUUAACCAUGAUAGCAUCAGACUAUCUGGUUUAUCAAGAGUUAUCAGGACAGAGAGGCAUGUUGAUGCAUGGUGCCAGUCGUUCCCCACUUUGCCCCUUCUUGGCCUGAGUAGAAUAAACAAACAAGGAAACUUUUACUUCUAUUUACGCCAGAACAAGCUAUCGUGUUUGUUGCUUCCCAACAAGCAAUAAUCAGAAAGCCCGCAACAAACCAUGGCUUCAGGGUGGCUGAAUAACAGCAACACACCACAAAGAUUGCAAAAAAUAAUGUGUCAGUACCAGGCUGCUUGAUAUUUUAAAGAUAUAAAAUAAAACCUAGUAAAGAAUGGUUUUACUAAGACAACAAAAUUUGUUGGUUUACCAACACCUGGCUGAUAGCACAAUCCUAUGUAUAUGUAUAUCUCCCGAGAGGUCAGUCCUGUUGAAUUUAAUAGGUCUUUCUUCCAGGUAAAUGAAUAUAGGGUUGUAACCUAAGACCAGUUAGGGUGGAAUUCAAAAUAGUGCUAAGGAGAUUGUUCCAUCAGCACAUGCAUUCCUGCUUGCCUAACAGAAUGACCUCUCCUCCAUGUGCUGCUCUGGGGGAACUCCUGACCCUCUAGAGUGGAUUUGGGGAUGGCACAUGGGGGAAACCCUGUUGUCCUAGCUAGCAGGAUCACCACGCUGGUUUCUGCUAGUAGUACAGGCAGCGACUGUUUUAGGUGUGUCCGAUAUAUGCAUGACUGCACACGUGCAUCGCACGAAACCCAGAAGUAACCCAAAAACGUCACAAAAAGGGGGCAGAGGUGGAAUGGGGUGUUUCAGGCUUUUUCAGUGGUGUUUCAAUUUCAAAUAUACAGCGUGUCACUUAAACAUGUGGUGCCUUGGAACGUAACCCAUGCGUAAAUUGGGAGCCGUCUGUAGUUGAAUCCAGUCCUAAAUCACAUUUCGUGUACGUGCACAGGAUUUCACUACAAAGCUACCAAAUGUCAUUGGUAUUUGAACUGUAUUUUUGUUACUGUAGAUGUCCAAAAUACAUAGACUGUAGACCAGAGAUGGAGGAACUGUGGUCUUCCAGUUAUUGGUGGACUACAAUUCCCAUUCACUCUGACCAUUGGGUAUGCUGACUUGUACUGAUGAGAGUUAGAAACAUGAGGCUGUUAACAGUCUCUGCUUUUUUGAGGUGUGUUCAUGUGUUCUCUCUUCAUGCUUCUCUCUUAGUUUAUAGGGAAAAUAAUAUAUGGGAUAUCAAAUGCAUAAUAGAAGCAUCUGUUAGGUUUAUUAUAGUCUAGAUAUUAAAAACAUUUUCCCUGAACAUCAUUAUUGGGGAAUGGCCCCGAAAGAUAUGUGCUACAAAACAAAAGACCAAAUGGUUUACUUUAAAUGUAUUUGUUGGAAUAGGGUAAGAGACAUAUUUUUUCCUGUUUUAUAACAGAGAAAGCUUUCUUCUUUUUUUUGAUAAUUUGAUUUGAGGAACAACAAAUCACUUCUACUUUACAAUAUAACAAUUUGUCCAUAAUGCUCUGUGAAAUAUUUGAAUUCUUUAUUUUUAAACCAUGAAUAAAAAGAUUUUUCUAUGUUCUUUGCAAUAAAAGUCUCCUAACAAUCAUAAGCUAUUUUAAACAGGCCCCUCUAUCCUGUGUAUGGAUUUCAGCUUUAUUUAAAUUGGACUGUUCUAAAUUUAUAGAGGAAAGAUGUUCUUUCCUGAGGCAUCAUUACUGUGUCUAUCAAAUGUUUCUGUUUGAAUGUACCUAGUAAUUUUGAACUUUUCUCUUAAAGCGAGGGUCCAUUUUGAAGUUCUAAGUGGGCUGAGACUCAAUUGUGAAAGACACAAGCACAUGAUCCCUAAAUGUCUUGUGUCUUUCUUUAGCUUUCCUUGCACAGAAGUGUUCUAUGCACUGUAACCUUCUUUUAAAAUAGGCAUGUACAAGAUAUGUGCUUUUCCAAAUCUGGGUGAGCACCAUUUAUAAAACUACUGUGCUUAAAAUGAAUGUGUGGACCUCUCUUCCAUAUUUCUCCCUUAUAUGCCACUUUCCUCUGUAUAACUACAUCAAAGAGGUGCAGAGAACUAAUAUAUGAAAAUGAAAAUUUUAUCCUUCCUGUGUCAUGCAGCUCCUGCACAGAACUAUUAUCUUCUGGAGAUAUUAUGGUGCUAUGCCCAGGCCAGGCGAACUUGCAGUAUUUUUUCAGAUUACAACUGAGAAAAUGACCUCUGCUCCCUCGUGUGACUGGGGACCAGCCAUCAUGUUUAAUCUAUGAGGAAUUUGAAAGUGCCAAGAAAGAUAGGGAAACUCUUGGGGACCCAGUUUCCAUGGAGCUUUAAUGCCUUGUCUUCAAAAUAUAGAUGGUUGCUAUUAGCCCCAAAUCUAUAGAGACAUAACUCAGGCAGGCUGCACUGAAUUCUGCCCUUAUGAUUGUAUGUGAAGGGAGAUAAAAUGUUUAUGGGAACUGGAUGUUACUUUUUCACUUUCAACAGCUGUGUUAGUAAUAGAAUUAGAUAUUAAGAGCAGUUUGCAAAAUGUUCUUCCUCAUGAAAGCUACACAACUCUACGUUCAGUUUACUACCUGCAGUGUAGUCUCUGAUGUGUGAUUCGCAUUCCUGCUUCUAGACCAUUAUUGUGGGAGGUGAAAUACAGGAAUUAAUUUUCCAUGCUUACUGAAUUUAACAAUUCCUUUCUGCUUUGUAGAUUCAUUGUUGCUUCAUCUCUUUGUUUAUAGUCAUAACUUGAUUGAAGAACAUUGGAUCAUAAAAUGUUCGUUUAUACUGCCGUAGUCCCACUGGUGUCAAGCAUCUAUGCUGGUACUUAAUGAAUAGCAAGAAAAGAAAAUGGUAAAAAAUGAUGUAUUUAAAAAGAAAGAUAUGAAAACAUUUACUACUGUAAAGCCAACGUUUAGCUUCUUCUCAUGAAAUAGCUAUUUGAAACAAAUAUACAGAAGGGAUGAGCUGGUACAUAGCAUGCAUUUAACAUCUGGUGUUGUCACUGGCCUUCCUCCCCACCCUGCCCCCAGAUUUUAUGCCUAUUAAUUUGUGUCUUAAGCCCAUCUUUUGUGGGACAGCUCAUGAUAUUACAGAUUACUUUAAAAAUCAACUUGUUUCUCCCCACAAAUCAAAUAAUACAAAUGGCUUCUUCCAGAGGUUCAAAACAGAGCACAAACAUUAAAACAGCUGCAAAUGUUAGCUACAUAGGCGUGUUACAAAAAUUUGAGUUAAUUCAGUGGUUGACAUCCUGUGAAUGCUUACCUCAGAAGCAUAUACGGAACACAGUGGGACUUACUGCAGAGUAAAUAUGCCUAGGAUCACUCUGCAUUUUGUUGCCGCAUGUACCACACAUAUAGCAAUACACACAUAUACCUGAAUGAAGCGUAUUGUGACAUUUUUUAGCACAGUUCACCACAGCGGAAUUAGUAAUGAGAAAAUAAACCAGAGCAAUUGAUUUAUACAGUUUAUUAAAGACGGUUUAUGUAUAUAGACAGCAUUCAGACUGGGCCAAGCAAUUACUGGAUUAAAUCUAUAAUCGGGGAAGUGGAGAGCAUCAAUUAGGAAGCAGCAGUGUGCAGACCAUAUGGGGAGGCUGAGGAAGAGGCUGGUGUCAAAUAAAGAGAGGUACAUGGCAGGGUCUUUUUAUUUUAUUUUUAAUAUACCAUACCUUUAUCCACAAAUUGAUUUAUAGGAAGUGUGCAUUAAAAAUUACAACAAGAAAUUAAAAACAACACAAACAAUUAAACAAAAAUAAAAACUAUACAGGCAGCUCAAAUGCAGCUACUUAGAACAUCUGGUUAAAUAAAAAAGUUUUGAUCUGGUACCAAAAAUAAUACAGUGUUGAUGCCAAGAAUACCUUCUUCAGAGGACUAUUCCAGAGUCAGGACACCCACCACAAAGUUGCUCCCCUCUUUGGUAUAUACAUGGUGUACUUUUCCUAUAAGUGGACCAUGGAAAAGGGAGAAUGUAAAUAACACUUCUCCAGAAGUGGUAUAGAUUACAAACGUAAAGGUAAAGGAACCCUGGAUGGUUAAGUCCAGUCAAAGGCGACUAUGGGGUGUGGCGCUCAUCUUGCUUUUCAGGCCGAGGGAGCCGCCGUUUGUCCUCAGACAGCUUUCCGGGGUCAUGUGGCCAGCAUGACUAAACUGCUACUGGUGCACAGAGGACUGUGUUGAGUGCCAGAGCACAGAGAAACAACCUCCAGCUGUAAGAAGGUCAGCUGGUCAUCAGGUGUAGGCUGCUGGCAAGUUGCAGAGGUGAGCUAGGAUGAGUGGCUCGUUCAUUUGAUACCCUGUGUUUGUUAGCAAAAUGUUCUUGGAUGGGACUCUAGCAGGAACAGAGGUAGAUAACCUGAGGCCCUCCAGACAUUGUUGGACUUCGCAGCUCCCAUCAGCCCCAGAGUACAUGGCCCAUGGUCUGGGAUGUUGGGAGCUGUAAUGCAGCAAUAUCUGUAAAACCACAGGUUCCCUCCUCUCUGGGCUACAGAGUCAGAUGAGGCUACAUCCCAUUUCCCAUUACAGUGGUACCUCGGGUUAAGAACUUAAUUCAUUCCGGAGGUCUGUUCUUAAGCUGAAACUGUUCUUAACCUGAAGCACCACUUUAGCUAAUGGUGCCUGCCUCGCUGCCGGAGCACGAUUUCUAUUCUCAUCCUGAAGCAAGUUCUUAACCCGAGGUACUAUUUCUGGGUUAGCGGAGUCUGUAACCUGAAUCAUAUGUAACCUGAAGCGCAUGUAACCCAAGGUACCACUGUAUAAGUUUCUCUUUUGUCUUCCAUGUGCACAUGCACUUGGAACAACUCGUGAUUCAAGCACUAGAAUAUGUGAAGUCAAGUUUAAAACAGGGUUGUCUUCUCAUUAAUCACUUAGUGCUUUAGCAUGAUCAUACUAAUGAUGAUAAUUGUAGGGAUGGAGCAUGCUGAACUUUUUUAUUAUUAUUACAAAACCUAUUCAUUCUGUAAUGGCUGCUGACAGCACUGCAGUUCAUAAGCCUUAGACGCAUGUCACAAGCAUUAAGAACUCUUCAGGCCAUGAGAUUUGCUGCUGGCUGAUGCAGUUUAAUAAUAUGCAAUUUGUAGUGCUCUAGGGCACAAAGGAAUCAGUUUUCAGUGGCAACCAUCUGUCUUCCUGUCAAAGAUGACAGACGUGGCUCUCUGACUCAGGCAUAAAAUUAUUAUGCUUCCACCCCCUCACAAAUAUAUAGCCCCUGCUCUAGGUUACUUUUGCUAUAUGCAAUGUGUUGCUGCUACUUACCGUUCGUAGAGUGUCAAAAGCUUAGCCACCUUUCAUCAUUUUCAGGCCACUGCAGCUUGGCAAUUUCCCAAGGAAAAAACAGUGGCUGGUAAAAGUGGCUGGUUGAUGUCAACCACCAAUUCACUAUUCAUCUUUGGCAAUCUAUGACCUACUCUACUAUAACCUUGAAUUUGUCCUUAUUUAUUUCUAUAACACUAUUAGCUGUAAUUUAAAUGUUUACAACAGUUGAAAAAACAACAAAAGCAGCAAUAUAUACAUAGAUAUAUAAUGCAAUCUGAAAGCAACAAUACAGCAGUCAAAAUAGAACAGGAUAGAAAAGCUGUUAGGAUUUCCCUAGGAAGGAAGUGGUGUUAACUUUAGGACUUACAGAACAGGUCCUGCUCUGGGUGGAGGUGUUUUUAGAAUAAUAUACAGUUGUUCUCACACAUAAGGAAGAGAAUGCUCCAAUUACAAAUUUGGAAAAUAGUGCACAAUAUAGGUCUCGAAAGCACAUACUUAUGCAGAUCUGGAAUUUACCAAUGAUGGACUGCCAAAAAGUUAUUUGGACCACAGCCAUUUAUUUGUUCACCAUUGGACAGAAUUAUCCGCAUAUCUUAGAAUAAUCUUUAAUCGUUUCAUAUCUUAGAAUAAUCUUUAAUACCACCAUUUUGUUUCCCACAGACUUAGGCUGGAGGGGAAUAUCAUCAUAAGUACAGUAUACGUGUUUCUGAUUUUCCCUUUCAAAAAUCUCCAAUUGUAAAUUCCAAAAUUAUUUAUAAUAGUUUUUCUUUAAUGGGUCACAGGCUUUGUGGUGUGACUGCUCCACAAAGCAUAGUCUGAGUUCUUUUAAAAGUACAUUUAAACUUUUGUUUUAUUUUCUAUUCAUAUGGUUAAAGCUGAAUGCUACUGUGAUUUCUGCAGCAAUUUGUAAAUGUAAUUGGGAAAGCUGCUGCUACUUACAUGCACACAACUGUGCCGGUGCUUAAUUAAAUAAUAGAUGUUAACAUAAACUUUUUCCUCUUGCUUGUAAUGAAUGACCUAUUAGUGCAGCAACAUUGCUGUAAAGUAUAUAGACAAUACAGCUAUUAAAAUACACAGAACGUUUACUAAUAUAAUUUCACUGGGCUCAUUUCUAGAAGAGUAAUGUGGUUAAGUGUAAUUUUGCAGCUGAAUUAGGGGAACCAGCUGCAUUUCAUGGCAUAUUGAGCCUGGCCAAGCAAGGAAGAUAUCUAACAUCCUAUAGGAUUAGACCUCUUGCAUAGACGUAACUCCAUUUCCAGCUGUGUUACGGAGUUCCAGCUGAGAUCUGGCACCAGCUGCAUUUUCCUUAGUUCCAGAUGUCAACAUAUCACAUUGAACAGGAGUCCAUGAGAGGGUAGCAGGAACUCAAUAUUUAACACUUUACCAUUCUAAAAAUCACAAUAGCGCUAGCAAUUGUGGUAGAUACUUAGAAAUGCAAGCUAGUUACUGCAGACUACUGUCAUAAAUUAAUAAUGCAUCAAUUCUUUUAAAGUCAUGCAUGAAUCAAGUUACUUUCCACCAGCAACUGAGCCUGUAGAGAGUGCUGGACUUCAGGACAGAAGGGUGAGAUUUAGACAGCUGUACUGCCUCCAAUUCUGCUAAUUUUGCUUUGUAAUAUAACAGUUGUGCCUUUUUACCCAUUUAAUUGUGGUGGUGACUCCUCAACUCUGGAUGAUGCAGAUUAUUUAAUAUAAAUCUACUAUAUGUUUUAGAAAGUUGUUUCCCUGGCUGUUGUCUAUGCAUUUUGGAUACCACUUAAGAUUUUGUAACCAGAUUUUGCAUGACAGUUCCUGAGAUCAAAGAGUGGUGUUUUAUCUAUGUUUUUAUACAAUUAGAUGCCAUUUUGAAUCAAGAUGGUGGACUUAACCUUUCAAAACUGCACUGAUUUCAAGACUGCAUUGGUGUUUUGUUUGUUUAGUUUCUUGGAAUUCCCAAACUAUGUUAUGUAUGAGAUGGCUAGUAAAUAAAUAAACAAACAUGGGGUGGUAGACAUUUUUGAAAUUUGAAUAUCGGAACCAUUCUGGUGCUAUGACUGCUAAUUUGGAUCUAAAGGUGGGAUAGAUUGCAGUGCACCAAGUGUCUAUCUUUGUAUUACCAAGUAUGCUGUUAGGCUUGCUUAGUUAAGCCCAUUGAGAAAUAUUGUAAUAAUAAGUGUUUGAUUAUACUUUAGUGAUUUAAAAAAAAUUUUUUUAGCUUGUUCUAUUUUAUCUAUGUGAGCCCUCUUGAGUCCCCAACUGGGAAAAAUAUGUGAUAUGAUAAUGAUGAUGAUGAUGAUGAUGAUGAUGAUGAAGAAGAAGAAGAAGAAGAAGAAGAAGAAGAAUAGCUGGCUAGAUACACCUAACUGCAUUGGACAGGAGUGGCUGAAUCACCCAUUUCAACCCUAAGAAAUAUUUUUGGUGAAUGGCCAAAUCCUGUUUGAAGUAUUCAACCAGUCCUAGCAUGGUAAAUAGAAUCCAGAAGCACCGAGCUAUUCCGCACCUCCUUGUUCUUAAGGGAAAGUGCAACCGCAGCUUAUUUGUCCAAGACCCUUUUUGUAUCAUGUUGCAUUGCAAGAGCAGUCUGUUGGAUGGAAGAAGAAAAGAAAGCAGCCGCUUUGCAUCUAACAAGAUUUCAGCUUGCUUGGCUGGAGGAAUAUUGCUUAGGAGGCAAAUUGCCCAAUGCAGCCAACAUACUCCGAAAUGAAAUGAGCUAAGGGUUAAUUUUGAAAUGAUAAUGGAAAUGAGUUGAGAAAAUUGCCUGCUUCAAGCAAGAGCUCAGAGGAGGUGUGAAAGUUAUGAGUUCCAUGCACAAAGAAAGAUCGUAUUACUGUCUCCAUUAUUUUAGACGGUCCAAGACCUAGCCUUCUGAGUCACUGCAAGUGGGUGGAUUGCUACAUCCAUCUUAAAUUGUGCUUCAGUCGGCCAGAAAAAACACCAAUGGAAGUGAUACGAAAUUCAAACAAUGUGUAGCAGAGCAGGGCGGUGGGAGGGUUGUCACAUAUUUCAUUUUGUAUUCCUUAAAUGGUCUGUUUCCAUUUCUGCUGGCCAAAGUCGCCUUCAUAAACCUUUCUUUUCAAAAACCUCCAAAUACGCAAUCCUUUUUGUGUAGUUACUUAAGUGAUGUGCUGUGUAUAUCCCUCUUGAUUACAACGCUUCAUAUUUCAGUGAAUGCCUGAAAGGAAUCAACAUACUUUCCUUUGAUUAUUGGCUGGUUUUUCCCUCCUAAGAGAGUUAAUAUGCAAGUAGAAGUUUAAGAAUGCUACACAGUCUUUCAGGGAGUUAAUCAGAAGGGCAGCAAAAUUAAGCCUAGAGAGAGAGCAUUGAUCUCUUGAAAGAAAAAGGGCGGGGGGGGGGGGAGAAAAGCUAGAGGCAAUUUAUAUUUAGGCCUUGGUAGACAUUUUAGAAUAAAUACAAGAUGUUGUUUGCUAUACCAUACAUCUCAAGAAAAACAGUUAUUUUCCCUAAUCAUCUUAACUUGGCAGACACAGAGAAUAUUAGCCAUGAGCAAGAGCACUUGCUUCCACCCACUCCUCUGCAUUUGGGACAUGUCAUAAAUUAAUUGAAACAGAUCUGCCUGUGCUGCGCAAGAGAGAAAAGAAAAACGAUUCCUCUGUUAUGGCACAAACCCUGGAACUUGAAAGGUUCUGUUCUGCUUCCAGUGGCAAGGUAUGGCGUGGCAGUGAUGUGUUGAAAAUGAACAGCUAUAUAAUAAGAACCUUCUUAUAUACUGUGCAUUUCAGAGCAGGGUGUUUUGGCUUGUCAGCCGUUUUAUUAACGAUGCACAAGUUGCUUUGUUUCAAUUGUCAUUUGGCGUGUUCUCGCUCAUUAAUCCUUUUGGAUAGUCUGUGCCUUUGGAUGGGAUAGCCCACACCCUUAUUGUAGGAUUUAUUCAGAGUUUAAUCUUUGUUCCCUUGCUUAGCAGUACGUUUUGUCUCUUUAAAAAACACUCUUGGUUUAAUUGAACGGUUGUGUGAGUGAAACACAGUUUGUGCAACUGACCUUACUCUUCUCCACCAUUCUUCUAUAAUCUCCUUUAAACCCGCCUCCCCCCCCAAAACAAACCUAUUUAGAGUGUUGUAGGCUACCCUGAAGGGUUAAACCACAGAGCCUAGGACUUGCCGAUCAGAAGGUCGGCAGUUCGAAUCCCCGCGAUGGGGUGAGCUCCCGUUGCUCGGUCCCAGCUCCUGCCAACCCAGCAGUUCGAAAGCACAUCAAAGUGCAAGUAGAUAAAUAGGUACCGCUCCGGCGGGAAGGUAAGCAGCAUUUCCGUGCGCUGCUCUGGUUUGCUGUACUCCAGCUCCCUCGGCCAAUAAAGCGAGAUGAGUGCCGCAACCCCAGAGUCGGUCACGACUGGACCUAAUGGUCAGGGGUCCCUUUACCUAGGCUCCCCUGAACAGUGGGAGCUGUAUGGGGUUGCAGUGCUUGAGGGGAAUCACCCAAGAUCAGGCAGAGGGAUCUUGCUCCAGCCGGUCAUUGCUCGAAGAAAAGUAUUAAUAUUGUAAAGCCUACUUAGAAGGGCUCUCUGACUGGAUUUCAUUACACAAACAACUCUGUGAACAUUUCACAGGCAUUUGCAACAAGCAAUCUUCUUUUAGGCCCUUUUAGUUUCAAUCCUGUGGUCCAUGGGGCCACAGGAUCCAUCUGAUCUUCCAUUCAGGGGGCAGAAAGAAAACAGUCUAUCCUCACAGGAGGAGAGAUGUUGGGUGCCUCCUCCAUAACAUAGUAGAAGAGCCCAUGGCCAGCUCCCAAGGGCAAAGAGGAAGUGUUUCCUGGAGGCACAUCCAGGAAUGGUGGGGUGGGGUGGGGUGGCCAGCCGGCAUCAUAGUUUGAGUUGGCAUUGUUUCCCUCCAGCUGAAAUAAAUGAGAGGGAAACUCCUACUCCAAAAACCAAGGAUUGGAAAAGAGUGAAGCUGGUAGGACUUGGAAUGGCACUUCUUUCGAUUUUGGGUCUCCUGUAGCAUCCCACCAUUCCAGCUCUCGCACCUUGAGAUGCAGAAAUUUGGGCAAAUCUCUUCAAUGAUCCUUGGGGUUGCUGCUUAUGUCGUGUUGUUCGUACAGACUGCAAAGCUUAGGGGAUCAAAGGGCCUCCCUGCUCUCUGUCAAUGUCAGCUUGCCAGAGCAUAUGGAUCGUGCCGUCUGCUCUGCAGGCCAUAACCUCUUUUGCCAGUUCAUCUAGCUGUGUACCAGUUUCUUUCCUUUGGGAGUUCUAGGAUAAAGGAGACAAUUGCCCUGUGACACUGCUGAUUGGAACAGAGAGGCAAAAAAAGCCACCUACUGGGAAUAAUGAAUCGGCAAUGAAAAUUGCUUUUUGGUAGUGUUCCACACUGUUCAAAUAGCCCAAAACCUGCUUCAGGAAAUAUUUAUCCACAGCCAGUUUCCAUGCAGGGCUUGAGUGAUCCUUAUACUUCGUAGGCGGGUGUAUGUUUCAUGCUGAAAAGUCCUGCAUGCUGCCCAAUGCUAGCAAAAAUAGCCAUGAAAAAGCACAGAUUUUUAGCAAAGCUGAAAGCUGUCUCUUAAUGAAGAUUUAUUUAGAUAGAUUAGGCGAAUGGUAUUUAUGCAUUUUAAAGAAAUAUAUAUUUUGGUAUUGCUCCAAGGAGCUUCUGGUGGUAUAUAUGGUUCUCCCCUACCCCCUUCAUCCUCACUGUAACUGUCAGAUAUGUUGGACUAAGAGAUGGCGACUGGCCAAAGGACUGUCAGAAAGCUUCAUGGCUGAGUGGAGAUUUGAGCUGAGGUUUCACCUCUUCUGGUACAAGACUCAAAGUACUAUAGCACACUGGUGUUCACUGCUUCUAGUUAGCUCUUCUAGCUUUCUAGGUUAUGUACUGAACUGUUGCAGAAUCUCCCAGGAAAUUGACAGGAUUUUCAUGCCUACCUAUUGUAGAUGUAAAAUUUUAGUCCUUGUUUAUUGUGAAUUAUGUUUCAGAACUACUGCAUUAGGGCUAUUCUUCAUUCUGCAUAGGGUCACAAAAUUGCAACUUUUGGCCUUUUAUCUGUUUAUAUAUUUUAAUUAUUGUUAAUCUUAGCGAUCCAGUCUUUUUGCCUCCUAGUUCUUGUAAGAUAGCCUCUUUACAGUGGUACCUCUGGAUGCGAAUGGGAUCCGUUCCGGAGCCCCGUUCGCAUCCUGAAGUGAACGCAACCCGUGUCUGCCACUUCUGCGCAUGCGCGUGACGUCAUUUUGAGCACAUGCGCAAGUGGCGAAACCUGGAAGUAACGGGUCGCCACGGAGCGCAACCCGAAAAUGCUCAAUCCAAGCUACUUCAACCCGAGGUAUGACUGUAUUCGUGCAUGAUCAGAACAGAGAAUCUGUUCUAGAAUUAAACCUUACCCCAUAUGUUGCUUCCGCCCAGUUCCAUUGAAAUGUUGUACUUUUCACUGCUGCCAUCAAGCCAGUAGCUUUAGCAUUAAGGGAAAGAACAGAUAUUCAUGGGGUGCAAUAUGGGUCUUUACUUAACAAAUAAUAUAAUACUGGUAAUCUCACUCUCUAAAAAAUAUAAAGAAGUCAUAAAGAUGUUGUAGUGAAGCAUCAGGCUACAAAAGAAAUUGUGGUAAAUCAGAGCAGUUUACCAUUAACGUCACAGGUGAGGCUAAAAAGAUUCUGGUACAAAUAGCAAACAUACUUUUGAGAAAUGAACAAAAAAAUGAAAUAAUUUAGGAUAUGGCUCACAAAUGAUGUAGAUGAAAUAAUAAAGAUUAACCAUCCAAAACUAUAGAGAGGCAGAGAAGGAAUUAGAUUCUCGGUACCUGCUUCAUAUGUGAUGGUAUGGGAGAAUGAAUGUUCCACCUGAAUUAUUAUUUAUACCUAUAAAUAUCCCAUUAACUGUCCCAUCUGGGAUGCUGACAAAAUGUCAAAGGUUAAUACAGUGUUCUAUAUGGAACAAAAAAACUCCAAGGAUAGCAAUAUUUUAUUUGAUAACACAGGGCACUGGAGACUUGUGGUAUCAUUAUUAAAUGUUUUAAAGUGAAAUACUGUAAUGUUUCCUCUUUUUUUGUCCAGCAGAGCUAGAUAUCCAGCAUUCAUUAUCAUUUUCUUUCCUUCUCCUCCCCCAACACCAUCCCACAUAAACACAUAUUUUGAUUACCUUCUGCAAUGAAUUUGAUUUUUGUGGCCUAAGAAUUUAGUUGGCUGCAGUUAUCAUUUUUCACAAGUCAAUUGAAGGUAAUAGAUUUCCACCCACUGUAGUUCUUGGGUUUAUUAAAGCCCUGAUAUAUUUCCAGCAGCCUAUGUUAUCAAGUAAAUUCUCUAUGGUCCUUGCAAGACUGGUGGUUAUUUGUUUGAAUCACUUGCUUUCUUUACCAUAGUCUCUUCUCAUGAUGCUUUGGUUGAGAUUCCUGCAUUCAUAAAAUCAUAGAAUUGUAAAGUUGGAUGAGAUCCUGAGGUUUAUCUAGUCCAAACCUCUGCAAUUCAGGUAUCUUUUGCCCAACAUGGGGCUCGAACACACAACCCUAAGAUUAAUAAUAAUAAUAAAAGAUUAAAUUUUAUUUAUACCCCACCCUCCCUAGCCAAGACUGGGCUCAGGGCGGCUAACAACCAAUAAUAAAAACAAGCUGAUUAAAAUACAAUUUAAAAACAAGAUUAAAAUACAACAUUAAAACAUUAGGAUGCAGCCUCUUCACAGGAGGAGAAAGGAAAAAGAAAGAGGGGGAGGGAAUCAAACUGAUUCUAAGCAAAAGGCCAGGGGAACAACUCUGUCUUACAGGCCCUGCGGAAAGAAAUCAGAUCCUGCAGGGCCCUGGUCUCAUGAGACAGAGCGUUCCACCAGGCCGGAGCCAGUGUUGCAAAGGCCCUGGCUCUGGUUGAGGCUAAUCUAACUUCCUUAGAGCCCGGGACCUCUAGGGUGUUGCUGUUUAUGGACCUUAAGGUCCUCCGUGGGGCAUACCGGGAGAGUUUCAUGCUGAGCCAACUGAGCUAUCCCAGCAAUCCUGCAUUGCAAGUGGUUAGACUAGAUGACUUUUGGGGUCCCUUCUAACUCUACAGUUCUGUGAUACCAACUGAGUAUUGGUUUGCUGAAUUAUCUUUUAGAUUUGAGAUUAAUGUUUUAAUUGUUCUCAUUUUCUACAGUCUUCUCAAUAAGUUCAAGUAUUCUACAGCAUUUCCCCACAUAGUAGCGUAAAAUAGUUCCUUCAAAUUGCCAGUAAAUAUGUGCUCAAAAAUUGCUGUCAUCUGUUCUGUGGAUCUGCAGGGGUAGAACCAGAGAUCAGCCAGCAUAUUUUUUCUUUAAAAAACAGACUCUUGGUCUGUUUCAUUUUAUUAGAUUAGUUAGCAGCACAUAUUAAGUGUCCGGGCUAUAAUCUGAUUUUUACUGAACAUACAAAUAUAUUUGUUUUCAUUGCUUUAUUUGUAAUCUUAGUCCUCCAGUGGAAUUUGAGAGCAGUAAAAGAACUCAUUAUUUUGUCCCUUGGAUUAAUCGAAAAGAAAAAAGUCAGGUUGGAUUAAUUUGAGUUUUCAGUAUGUGGAUAAAUGAAAGACGAGGGCUCAAAUCCAAGAAUAUCUUUUCAGAAUGUGUGUAACUUUUUGAAAAUUAUUAUUCUGAGCUCUCAAUUUCUUAUGUGGAAUCUGCUUUAUAACUGCAACAAAAGUACUGAUUCAAGAAGGUGACAGCCUUGAUAGAGAUUAUAUAAGGCCAUAUGGUAUGUGUCAUGCUGAUUUAAAAAUAGGUUGAAGCAAAUCAGAGCUUGUGGAUGUCCACCUAACUUUCAUUAAUCAUAAAGCUUAGGAAAGUCAUCCCUUUCAAAUGCUAAUGAAAAGCAUUUGUGUCUCUGCGUUCUAGAAAUAUACUCAAAAUUGGGCUUCUCAGUGGGAGCUACAUCAGAAAUUGAAUAAACAGAAGCUGUGGAUGCAGUGAUUUGCCUAUUUAAAAAGGAUUGCCAGGUCUCAGGUUAUUUAGUUUUCAAGGUUAUAGCUUGGGUCUCAUUUCCCUGUGAUUGGAAUUUGUCCAAAGUAGGCUUCAGUUGGCUUGCAGCCAGUAAGUAUCCAAAAGUGUUCCAAAUGUAGGUGUUUAAGUCAUGUCUAGUUGUUGCUUUGGUAGGGUCACAUAAGCUUACUUAUAUUAGUCAUAAAGAAGGUAAACAACUGCCUUACGGACUCUGAAAAAGAUGCAGCUAAUAAAACCCUUAGGUGUUAAUUACCGAGUUUUGUGGUGGUUCAACUUAAUCAUCAGUGCUAAAAUGAGAGUUGCUAGCAGGAAUCUAAGCUACUAGGAACUGGAUUUCAGGGGCUGUUGAGACUCUUUAAGUGCACUGAUGUGGGAGAGCUGUCUGCAAAUGUUACUUUUCAAGAAAAGAAUACGUUGCUGUCUCAAAGUUAGAAAAUGGUUUAGCAUACUUUCCCAGUUGUGCUUUUCCACAAUAGGGGGUCCCCAGUAAUUAGCUAAUUGGGAACCACUGCCCUAAAUCUUUCACCAAACCACCUUCUUCCCUCUCUGUCCAGCAGAGUUCUGCUGCAUGGAAGCAGCAGCAGAAUAUGGGUGGGGGGCAAGCCCUGAUGUUGUUCUGUGUUGGCAUUGAUACUAGCUCAGAAUCCAGUGGAUCCCAGGCUGGUUCAACUCUUCCUUGCCAUCACAACACCCCAUUUCAGAGCUUUCUACUCACUCCCGCCAGUGGGAGACCAGCUGAGCUGAAAGAGCUGGGUAGAGGGACACCUGCCUAAUCCAGCCCCCCAUAGCCUGGUUUAAGGAGAGUUUGGAUGAUUCUGUUGGUCCUCUGAAAUGAUGAUUCUCUUUUAAAUUAUUUACAAAAUUCUGUAUACGUUCAGAAAGGUAGAAACUGUUCCUUCUUUUGACAAAAGAGCUUGAGACCUGAUGUGUUUUCUGAAGAUGAACUAUUUUUCUGAUAAAACACAACUCGAAGACAAUUGUUCAUAUUACUUAAGUAUCACAUAGAAUUCAUUAAAAAGCAACAUAAAAUGAAAACAGUGGUGGGUAGGGGGGCAAAGAGAAAGUUUAUAUGUAAUUAAUGUUGCAGGGAUUGAACCACAGCAUGUCUCCUUUAGAAUCUAUAAUUAGUUUUAAAUCAGAGUGGCAGAAAAUGUGCUUCUGCCGAUUCUUUCUUGGAAUUAGUCAAUCUCCUAUGUUGUUUACAUAAUAUGAACAAACAUUUGGAAACAUAUACUUUGGAUGUGGUAGCCUCCAUCUUUUCUUUGAGCUCUUCUCUGGUGUCAGUCUCUUUCCUAGAGACUUCCUCUCAAAUCUAUGCUAGCAGUUCCACACUUUUUGUUAGAUUCCUGCUGAACAGCAGUCUAAAAUAUGGAACAGUUGUGCCCUUGAGAGGUGGCAUGUUGUACACAAUGUUUGCAAAAUUUAGUGUUGGGGAACAGAUGGAUUUGAAAAUGGACAUACCGUUUCUUAUGAUGCAGCUCUGAGAGUGCUGAUUUCCACCUGUUAAAAGUGUCCUUAACCCAAGUUUUAAGGGUUCACAGAUUCUGGUGGGCUUUGGUAGGUAACAGUGUCUGAGAAUUCCAACAAAAACUGAAAUGUAUGCUGAAAUGGCUGGCGCUCACUGAUUCAUUCCCAUGGAAUGGAAAUCAAGCCAGCGAAUGCAGUCAGUGUUCACUGUAGUUGUUAUUUUCAGUCCACAAAUGAUAAAAGUAAUUGAUGUCUUUUUUUUUUUUUUUUUUUUUGCUUUGUUUCCCUUGCAUUUCAAUGAAUGGUGUGUAACCACGUGAUAAUAAUGUAAUUAAUUCUGUCACGGCAGACAGCAAACUGAACAAUGUACUGUAGUUUUUGUCAGAAGGUGUUGUGCAGCAGAAUGGAAACAGGGCUGCCUGUGACACACGCAGGUUGGAAUGAAAAUUUGUAGGCAAAUAGGAAUUGUGUUUACUCCUUUAAGGGGGAAGGGGUCAUCACAUGGAGCUUCAAAACCGCUCCAGGUCCCCUACAUGAUACCACCCACAGCUCCAGGUCAGAGGCUCCUCCUGAACCCGGUUGUGCUGCAAGAGAUUUGCAGGCUUAGUGCAGCAAGUCACUUUCUGAAAACAAACUUUCUGAUGAGUCAGAACACAUGCAGUAUUGCCAGUACUUUAAAAACCGAAUUAAACUGACGUUUAAUCCAGACAAGAUGGAAGUGUUGAUGGUAGUUCAAGUUAGAGAUGGUGGGACAGUAGAGUGGUUCAGUGGAUUGAAAGGGGUUACACUCGCAAUGUUUACAGCCUGAGGGUUGCAAACAACUUGUUCUUUUGAUUCCAGUGUGGCAGGACUGUUUUUAAGUGCCUUUUUAUCAGCUUAGGCUGGUCAGCCAGCUGCAGCUGCUUCUCUGAGAUAGAGUUCAGCUCUCAGCCACUAAUGCAGCAGUCAUCUUUGUGAAGUACUGCAAUUUGCUCCGUAUUGUGCUGCCUCUGAAUAUGGGAUUGAAGCCUCCGCUAAUACAGAAAAUUCCAGCUCAUUUCCCUCCUGGGCUAAAUGGUCUAGAGAAAUCAUUUACGGAGCUUCUCUUCUCCUGUGUAUUCUCCUUCUAUAAAGGUGUGGAGGUUCAUGAGGGUACAUGGACAGACUCUCCUUGUCACGGUAUCUGCACUGUGGAAAGCUCUCCCACUGGUGAGCUGUUGGGCUCCCUCACUGCUGGUUUUUCCUUGUUCUUUCAGAAAGCUUUUCUUUUGCAGGCAGACUUUUAUGGGGCUGUGUUGUUUUAAAUUAUCUAUUUUCUUUAAAAAUCUGAUUGUUUACAAUGCAGAGUUGUUACAGCUUUAUUGUGAUUUGUAUUUUUUAUUUCUGUUUUAUUAUAAUCAGCUUCAGGUGCAAUUGUGAAUGAAAGAAAACGUGGAUUAGAAACAUUUAAAUAAAUGAAUAGCAAUCACAAGUAAUUAAGUCCAUUUAUUCUUUUAAAGCUAAGCCUGCCUGGUUGACAGUAGCAUGCAUUUUGUAUUCUGACAAGAGCAACCACCAGUAUGAAAUUUGGAGAACAGUAGUGACUCUUGUUUGCUUGUUGACUUCUUGUUGAUUUUUGAGAUGCUUUGACAGCAGUAAGACAUCACACUUCUCAAAGGCCCAAUGCCAUUUUAAGAGAACAGAGGUGUGUUUCCUUUUUUAAAAAAAAUAAUAUUUAUUGCUUUUAUAGAUUACAAAGAGAGAGAAAAAGGCAAACAAACAAAAAACAGAAGAAAAAACAAAAGAGAAAAACAAAAAGAGAAAAACAAUACAAUACAAUAUAUAAACAAUACAAAGCACAACCUAAACUCAAAACUAAACACAUUAAGCUAAACUAAACAAACCCCACUCCCUAACCUUAACCCUGAAUAGAACAAAACAAAAACAAUUUAAAAACAUACAUAGUCUCUUUUCCAUACUCUAUCUUUCAUUCCCUUAUUUCCUCGACCUCCUCACACCUCCCUUUUUGUGUUCCACUUCUAUUAAUUGUUUCAGCAAAUCCUUUCCAUCAGAGGUGUGUUUCCUAUUGCCAUCACCAGCCCCAUUCAGCUUAGGAUCUUAACAAUGGUUAAAGCUUAUGUCUGCAUGGUUAGCACUAAUCAAGUUUCAAUCCACUUUUUCAAACCACUUUCAAACCUUGAUUAAAAGGAUAAUACAGGACCUUAGCCAUGGUUAAAAUAUGGAGGAAAGAUUAGCCUCUUAUUUGGUCUCCAAUAGCAAACCCCAGGGGAUUUUCCAAAAAUUCUUGGGUUUGGAGAGAUUUAAGUAGAUUGGCUUAUUGAGUUCUGGAACACCCAAGUAACACUGACUUCUCUGCUUACAUUCACUUGGAUAUGCUGCUUCUAAAUUGGUGUCUACAGCAAACUAAGCCCCAUGGUCUCACAGCAAACUAUUGGAUUGUAGGCUGCCUAAACAGACUAACUGGUUGGCACCUGUGUCUUCCCCACUCAGAUAUAGACUUCAUACCUUUGGGAAGGGCAUAAUUCAGUGGUUCCCAACCCCCAUAGACCCCCUUGAAAAUUGCUGAGCAUCUUGGCUGAUUUUUCUGUCUUCUGUAGCAAUUAUAAUUUCAUAGAAUUCAAAUUCUAAUAUGGUAAGAUACAAUCAAAGAAGCAAUAAAAAUACAAUUAAAAACCAAUUUGAAUAUUCAGUGUGAUGGAUGUGCCAUCCAUCACCAUCAUUAUCAUCAUCUCCCAUCCUCAGUCAAAAAUCCAGAGAGAUGCUGGGGAACACCUGAGUGAACCUCAUGGACCCCGGUGAUUAACAGGUCACCAUUUUCUCCUAUGCUGGAUCUGGCCCUUAGCAGGUACUGUUCGAAAAAACAACACAAAUGAUCAGUCAUGUACUUACGGUUUGCAGGGGGGGCAUGUUUCACAUGAGGAGAGACUGGGAGCUUUUUUCCUGCACCAGGCAAGUGCUGCUUUUUCAGCAGACCUCGUAAGUCUGUGAAUAAUUGUGUCUUAAAUAAUCAACACUUUGCCUGUCCUAAAACCAUUUUGGGAAUAUUAAUUACAACAAAGUCAGUCAGCUGUCUUAACUUUUCUGAUUUUCUUAGAUAGAAAAUGAGCCCAAACAGUUUCCUACUUUAUAUAGUAUUUCCCAUUACACAGAUAACAGGCAUAGUAAUUAGGUGAGUUGUGUAUUUGGGUGCAAACUGCAAAAGUGGAGUACAUUUCUUGAUAACUCUGCCUGUUAGUACAUGAUGAAUGCUAGCGUGAGGAGUCUCUACUUAUAGAGUAGAAGGGAUUAUAAUAUUGAUGACCUUGAUGAUGUAGGAAACAGUAAUAGCCUGCAUUUUCAGUUGGGUGCAACAACCGAAUGUUGCAGUAUUGAAUUCUCAUGUUCAGGAUACUCAAUUUCAUUCCCUCUCGUACCCAGUUUUCCCCCUCAGCUGGUCAGCCAGCAAUCCUCGCCCACUAAGCUUGCUUAAGUUUCAGUUGAAAGUAACAAAUUUUGCAUAAAGGUUCAAGAUUGUGUAGAAAGUGGAACGGAAAACUACUGGAAUUCUUACAGUCCCAUUCUGCAAUUUUAAUAUGUUAUACAAAUCUUUCCGCUUCUGUUCAUUAUGACUUAUUAUGGUUAAUGAGUGGAAAAGCUUUGUAUGUAAACUAAACUAAUUUUCAUUUGCGAGCUGCUGUUUCAUUCUUCAUAAAUGCUCUCUGAAGGCAUCACAGGGCAAAAAUUAAUAGUGAAUCUAAUGUUUAACCCCAAAUUAUAACAUAACAAACAUCAGAUGAAGGGUUCUUAUAAAUAUUGUUCAACUUGUAGGUUGUGGAAGGAAAUGGCUAAAAAAAAUCUUUGUAGGCCCUACCAGGUCCCAGACCUAGAAAACAGCUGGGCAGUGGGUCAUCUGCACCUGGGGAAACAGGACAGCUGUUCAGUUGUGUAAAAAGAAAAAUCAGUUUUUCUGAACUCCUGAGAAACUGAAGUUAUUGGUCCUUAAAAUUAUGCGGAGUACAAUUUUCCAUACAGGAAGGUUUUAGAGAUUAAGUUCUGCUACAUGGAAAUCUUGAGAACCUCUGUUCGUGCCAAGUGUGAAUUUGACCUUGAAGAAGCACUGAUUACUAUUUUUGGUAACAUCUGGAAAGUUUUUACAAUGCAUCGUUCUACAUAUGGGGACAUUUUUUCAGAAUAAAAAACAACAACACUUGGAUUUUCAUGCAUUAUUUCUUCCAGAUUGCUUUCAAAGAGCAUUCAUGACAAGAAAAUAGUAAUUUCCCGCAUCAAACCAAAGAAAUUGUUCUUAUGGAAAUAGCAUUCGUGACAAGAAAACACUAAGUAAAUAAGUUGCUAUCACGUAAUCCAGCAUCACUUUUUAAGGUUGUAAAGCGCAGAGACAAGUAAUAACAAAAAUAAUUGGAAAUCACGAGGAGAAAUUAUAGUAGUGCACCAAGACCAGUACCAAGGGCUUUUUUUCAACUGGAAGUCAUCGGCACCUCUGUUGCGUUCCGGCACCUCUGUAUUGUUGAGUUGCCAUUCCCCUACCACUUAUCUAGAAGUGACAAACAGGUGACUGGGAGAAUGUUUUAAAUGAUACAAACAUGGGUGAGGUGGAACUGUAUAGAUCUUACCUACAGAAAUGGUGCCAAGAUAUCCCACGUCUUACCAGUUUGACGCAACGGGACGUUCCCUUCUUCUCCUCGCCACGGAACCCUCCCCAUAUCUGCUCUGGAGGGCCCUGUUACACAAGUGAAAGUCAGUUCUACAACUGGGCUGACAGCGGUGGACAUCACUGAGCCCAUCAUGUAUGCUUAGAUUAUUUAAGUACCUAUGCAGUUUUGAAGGAACUUCUUUCGGAUAGGUGAGCCUCGAGUCGCAUGAGAACAUCUAAACAGCUUCAUAAUCUUAUCGGCUGCCAAUCUUUCUAAACUUUAGACUUUACCAUUAUGGAAGGCUCGGAGAGAGAAGCUGGUGUGGUUAAAAGGGAUUUAUAGGGUACAAUGCGUCCUGAGAAGGCAGUGGUAGAGAAACAGUGCAGCUCUCUUCAGGCUAGAACUGUAGCCUAGAGGGCAUCCUCGACAUAGGGUCUAGUUUGACAGGUGUUCUGGGAGUGUUGGUUGUGCUGGAGGUGGGUUGAUGGAGGCCCUGAUUAGAGGCCCACCUUAGGUUGUCAGGGUGGCAUCAUUGAGAAACCAUUGUAUCCAAGGCUUAUAUAAAAUACAAAGUGGGGAGAAGAGCUCUGGUAAAAGGACAGGCAGCAUACUUUAUUUCAGUUAUGAGCAAGAAACACUGUGUUUCGCGUAAAUAAAUCCCUUGGUAGCAUUAAGUUGCACAACCAGCACUUAAUGAAGGAAUCUCAUUAACUUUGGAAGGUCAAGUCACAUGAAUGCACCUGUCAGGUUCUCCAUUGCUGUAUUUUUCAGCAGAUCUUAGCAUAGCUACGCCCUGUCUCUCCAUUUCCUCUUUUACGUUGAAGCAGACAAAUUUUAGGAGCAAAUUCUUGAAGAUUAUUAAAGCUACAAGAAUCCUAGUUCUUUUCAUGCAGUGUAAGCUAAAAAACACAUGCUAAAGUGAUUUCCCCCCAGCUCUUAGUCCUGUGAAAUUUCCCCUUUCCCUGGUAACAACUACCUUGCAUUUUUGAAGAUGCUUGCGAUUUCAAAGAUAAAAGACAGUAACUGCAGCAUCAUAUCAGUUUGGACACAUGCCAAGUGUGUGUUUGAGUGAAAGCUGUUUGGAUUCCAAGUAAUUGUCUUUACUAUUCAAAGUUGCUCUAGAAAGUUGUGUAAACUUGGAUGUAUGCAUGUUGAAUUAUUUAUGUGAAAAAUUUGUACUUUUUGCAUCCAUAGAUUUUUAUAUAUUUUGUUGGGCGUGAUUGUCCUUUUCACUGCACUUCUUGUAUGCAUCAUUAUGAAAAGAGGCACCGUGAUAAUAGGGGAUGCUACUUUGAUCUGUAGAGCACAACUCAGUGGUGGUUUGGAAAUUGUCUGACAUACUGGUGACGGUAAUAGCUGACCCUGUUUUUGGGCUGCUGAUGUUGGAAUUUUAACAUAAAAACUUCAGAAAGACCAGGAAGGCUGAAGAAAACGGCACAUGUUGCAUAUCUCAUUGCAGGCAACAGACAAACCUUUUUCGUUCUUAAGGUAUAUAAUAAAGUUUUAAAUUAUUGUUCUGUGGGAGCAAGUGCUUCACACCAUUAAAAUUGUGAGUACUGUAUUCUCAAAGUUCUUUCUUUUUUUAAAAAAAUAAGAUAUUUAUUAAGAUUUUCAAAAUAUUACAAAAUAAAAAUAGAAAAAAGAAAAACACAAAAAAUAAAAAUAAUUAAAAACAACUCAAUCUUUCCAUUACUUAUUUUUCAUUAGCUUAUUUCCCGGACCUCCUCACACCUCCCUUUUUUGUAUUCCAGUUCAGUUUGUUGGUUCAGCAAAUCCUUCCCCUCUUUGUCUAUCCUAAUCAUUAAUCUUAAAAUAUUGUAACAUUAAAUUUUUACCUGUUAGUAAUCCAUUUUUCAUAUUCCCUUAUAGUAUUGCAGCUAAAAACCACUUAAUUUCUAUCCAACAUCAUUCUAACAUUCAUUAAUUUUACAAUAUUUCUGUAAAUAGUCUUUAAAUUUCUUCCAAUCUUCUUCCACCGACUCUUCUCCCUGGUCCCGGAUUCUGCCAGUCAUUUCCGCCAGUUCCAUGUAUUCUCAAAGUUCAAAGUUUCAGAUUUAUAAGAUCAAUUUACUGGUGCUCGUUAAUGGUUCCUCGUCAUCCUGGGAAAAAGUGACAAGUGGGGUGCCGCAGGGUUCUGUCCUGGGUCCGUUGUUGUUCAACAUCUUUAUAAAUGACCUGGAAGAAGAAAUUAAGGGGAUGCUCAUCAAAUUUACAGAUGACACCAAACUGGGAGGGUUGGCUAAUGCCGCAGAAGACAGAAUCAGAAUUCAAAAUGACCUUAACAGAUUGGAGAACUGGGUGCAAGCUAACAAAAUGAAUUUCAAUAGGGACAAAUGUAAGGUUCUGCACUUAGGCAGGAAGAACCAGAUGCACAAAUAUAGGAUGGGGGACACCUGGCUUACUAGCAGUACCUGUGAAAAGAUACAGGGGUUUUGGUGGACCACAAGCUUAACAUGAGUCAACAGUGUGAUGCAGCAGCAAAAAAAAGCUAAUGCUAUUCUAGGUUGCAUCAACAGAAGUAUAGUGUCCAGAUCAAGGGAAGUAACAGUACCACUCUAUUCUGCCUUGGUCAGACCACAUUUCGAAUACUGUGUCCAAUUCUGGGCAACUCAGUUUAAGAAGGAUGUUGACAAGCUGGAACGGGUGUCAAGGAGGGCAGCCAAGAUGAUCAAGGGUCUGGAAACUAAGCCUUAUGAGGAAUGCUUGCAGGAGCUGGAAAAGAGGAGACUGAGAGGAGACAGGAUAGCCAUCUUCAAAUAUCUUAAGGACUGUCACACGGAGGAGGGAGCAGGCUUGUUUUGUCCUGCUUUGGAGGGUAGGACUCAAAGCAAUGGCUUCAAGUUACAAGAAAGGAGAGUUCCACUAAACAUUUGGGGGAAACUUUCUGACAGUAAGAGCUGUUUGGCUGUGUAACAGAUUCCCAUGAGAGGUGAUUGACUCUCCUUCCUUGGAAGUUUUUAAGCAGAGAUUGGAUGGUCAUCUGCUAUGGACGCUUUAGCUUAGAUUCCUGCAUUGUAGGGGGUUGGACUAGAUGACCCUUGGGUCCCUUCCAACUGUGAGAUUCUAUGAUUCUAUUAAAUUUAUUUUCAUGAAGUAGAAGGAAUGAGUUACCUCUAACUACCAAGCUGUUUCCCUAUAUAAAAUUGUACAAGCUUGAAAAGCUCAUUUUAACAAAGUCUGCCCCUUUAUUUUAAACUCAUUAGUUAUUUAGCCUGCAGAGUUCUCCUCCACAAGGACAUGCCCUUUUUGGAGAAAUCUUAUUAGGCCCCAAGCUUUUGAGCCUAUGAUGUGGCUUACUGUUUGCUGUGGCAAUGCUGUUGUACAUCUUGUUGAUAUAUUUUUCACUGAAUGAUUCAUUCUUUUCAUUUUGUUUUAUGUUGUAAUACCAUGCAAUGUAAACAGCAAUUCUAACUGCAGGAACCUAAGAGGGAUUUUAAAGGUCAGGCUGUCGUUAAAUCUCUAUUUAGAUGUUCUGAGAUCAAGAUAUUACAUUUCAGUCAUAUGUGAUAAUCUGAGUCUAAAUCAGAAAGUUCUCUUCUUCAAGGAGACAUUUGUGAUUAGAUUGAUGAUUUGUAGCAUGCUAAUGCUUAAUGAAGUUGCUUUAGAGGCAAGAUAACAUGGGACAGAGAGAAGCAAGUGUUUUGAGCUCUACGUAUGCUUUGAGCAUUAUAGAUCUCCCAACUGCAUUUAAAAAAAACAAUUUUAUCGGAAUUCUGUGAGUUGUUCCCAAUCCAUUCAUAGAAUGAAGACUUCCAUGGAUGAGAGGCAGGCAAUUGUAGCAAUUUCUCUCUUUUUCUUGAAGCCUCUACUCUACCUCCCAUGGUGCUUUGGAGGGUUCCACUACACUUUGGAGCAGAUUGGGUAUUUGUAGAGGGGAAAGGAAUAACCAAAAUUCGUCUCCCUCUCCCUUCUGUUCAUAGAAUCUUUUGCUGACUUAAAGAGCCAUCCUUGAUCAGAAGGCCAGCCUAGGCCACAACUCGGCAUGCUCUUGUUUAAUAACUGACCCCAUAGUUUACAGAUUUUGUAUUUAGUUCUUCCGUAUAUUUUUAAAAUAAUGAGGGUCAUUGCUUAGGUAUAUACCUUAUUUUAUUGUUCUGUCUCAGGCAGGUGUCCAUAUGGUAUUUUAUUGUUGUUAAUAAUGCUUAUUUUCCUCUAAGUUUUCAACAUCUGUAAUAAAAAAAAAUUAAAUCUGAAAAGGAAGACAACUGUCCCCUAUCUGCCUGCAGUAGAGUGCAAAAUCUGUUUCUGCAUUGGAAGGUUGCUCAUUUUGCCACAAGGGAAGAUGCAAAAGUUCAUAUUCAACCAUUAUGGAGAAAUUCACCUGGAUUUCCAGAUAUAGUCACUCUACAAGUGAGUCUGUAUGCAGACAGCUUCUCUGCUUUCGCUGUAAGCUUUAUCACAUAGCCUGAGUCGCAGUAGUAGUAUUCCUCAAGAAAGGUAUAAAUGUCUCACAUCAGUUCCCCACCCCCAUCCCCCUUGCUAUCCCCCACAUGUUGACAGUGUACCUUCUUUGCAAUUGUUUUCAAAAUACACUUUAUGGUCAGAAUAUCUUGUGUAGAAAUCCUGGGCAGGCAGCUGGUCAGCAUGUGUUGCCUCUGGAUUUAGUGUGUGUGUUUAUACACAAAAGGUAAAGGUAAAGGGACCCCUGACCAUUAGGUCCAGUCGUGACCGACUCUGGGGAUGCGGCGCUCAUCUCACUUUAUUGGCCGAGGGAGCCGGUGUGCAGCUUCUGGGUCAUGUGGCCAGCAUGACUAAGCCACUUCUGGCAAACCAGAGCAGCGCACGGAAACGCUGUUUACCUUCCCGCCGGAGGUAAACCUAUUUAUCUACUUGCACUUUGAUGUGCUUUCAAACUGCUAGGUUGGCAGGAGCAGGGACCGAGCAACGGGAGCUCACCCUGUCGCGGGGAUUCGAACCGCCGACCUUCUGAUUGGCAAGUCCUAGCCUCUGUGGUUUAACCCACAGCGCCACCCGCGUCCCGUUUAUACACAAAGAACAUGCCUAAUACCCAAAAAGUCUCCAUAUGGAACUGUUCUGAAUAAGAAGGAACAUGGCUUGGCUAAAAGGGAUUUAUAGGUAUCGUGCGUCAUGGUGUGUUGCUUAACAAGAAAUUUCUUAAGUUUGCAAUGGAUGUAUAGUACAAUAUCUGAAAGGCCACCUCUUUUCCUAAAGGUUGUUAAGAGUGCCAGCCAGGAGCAGGCAUUCUGUGUAACAGGCCAAACCAUGAAAUUCCUUCUCCACGGAGGUAUGCCUCUCACCUUUGUUGCAUAGCUUCCUUCAUAUGCUGAAGAUGCACCCAUUUAUCUUGGCUUUUGACACCUGAGAUUUAUAUAUUUUAGGACCCACCCUAUGUAAAUUGUUUAAACUGAUUUUAAAAUUGUAGUUUAAUAUUGUUGCAGCCUUCCCUUGGACCUUAUUGUGAAGUGCCAGUAAAUACUACUGCUGCUGCUGCUACUACUACUACUACUACUAACAAUAAUAAUACAUAGAAAUAUAAUUUCUAUGAAGUCUUAGUGGAUGUUAGGACAGCAUAAUUAUGAGGGUCAUUAAAGAUUUCCCCUGACCCACCUCCAGUUAUCGUAGGAGGAUAAAAUUGCACAUGUGUAAUGAUACAUCUCUCCAUAGGUAACGUGUUAAUUUGUAGCUCUGAACUCCUAGCGGUUUCUCUGUUAUGGGUGCUAAUGUGGAGUAACUUCUGAUAAUGGAACCAGUUGAAUUCAGAGUGGUUAUCAGGUUCCUGUGCUUGAAAGGGUGCACACAACGGGAGACGUUCGAUGAGAUGAAAGGGAUUUAUGAGGAGGAUGCCCCAUAGUGUGACAUAGUCAAGCACUGGCAUCAUCAGUUCAAGUGUGGUCAGACUUUGGUGGAAUAGCUCCCAUUCCUGGGCGACCACAGUCUGCCAUUGAUGAAGACACCAGACACCAUCUGGCAAAUGUAGGCUGCCAUUUUGGAGGAUCGCUGCAUAACCAUUCGCCAAUUAGCUGCAGAUGUCAAGAUCAGUGUGGGCUAUAAUGAAAAAAUCAUCCGUGACCAUUUGCACAUGGGAAAGGUGUCUGCACCGUGGGUUCCCCAGCUGCUGCUGCCUUUCCAGAAGCAGGCAUGAGUCACAUGCUCACGGGCUCUUUUGGCCAUGUGUCACAAAAACCAUGAUGACUUCUUCGCCAGACUAAUUACUCAGGACAAAACAUGGGCCCAUCAUUAUGACUCAGAGACUAAAUCCCAGUCCAAACAAUGGAAGCACUCUUGCCUCACCAUCUCCAAAGUAGGUACGUGUCCAGCUGUCAGUGGGCAAGGUCAUGCUCAUGGUCUUUUGGGACCAGUGUGGAGUAGUGAUGAUGGAUUUCCUGGCAAAGGGUACCACAAUUGCCAGGACAUACUAUGCUUCACUGCUGCAGAAAUUGCAGAAGGCCAUCAAAAUUGAGAUGCAUGGUAUGCUGACCCAAGGUGUCUGCCUCCUGCAGGAUAACACACCGGUUCACAGGUCGCAUGUUGCUCAGACGGAAGCAUGGUCCUGACACUAUGAAAUCCUCUCUCACCCUCCUUAUUCUCCCGACCUCACACCAUCUGACUUCCACUUCUUUCCAAUCAUGAAGUUAUUUUUGACGGGCAAGCUUUUUCCAGACGAUGAAAUGCUGAUUUCUGACGUCAAGUCGUGGCUUCUGGCGCAACCUUCCGACUUCCACAGACGAGGUCUCCAUAGCUGCAUAAAGCGAUGGGAGAAGUGUUUGGCUCUUGCUGGUAGCUAUGUAGAGAAGGACUAAUAACUGUUCCCAGUUUUGUUUGCCUCAGUCCACGGCAAGUACGUGAGGGGAAAUCUUUAAUGAAUGCCCCUCGUAUGUUUAUUGUUGGACUAUUCACUUCUUUCAAGGACUGCAAUGAUUUACACCAGUGUGGUGGAUUCGGACAUACGUAAAUGAGUGAAUAUGAUUUAUUCUCAUGUUGAGGACAGUGUGUUUUUAGAUUAAAUAUUCAUGCAGUUGGACAGUAAACCAUUUUAUCCUUUCCUCUUAACUGACUCCCCAGCCUCACUGAGCUGUGGAUUAUUAUAAACUAGAAGCCUGCAGAGAAUACAGGGACAGAUGGAUUUUAAUCUGCCACUAAUUUAUAUUUGCCACAUAGCAGAGCUGAUGUUGAGACAAUAAAAUAACGAGAGCUUUGACUUCUUAAACUCUUAGGUAAAGCUGGCAUUGAGUUGUCUGCUAGUUUAAGUAUUUUCCACCAAAGACAUUAACAACCCAAAGUAAUGUAUUUCAGCCAGAGCUAGUAAAUUUGAGAAAAAGGAAUUUGAGCUAUGGGUCAAGAGUUACUUAUUUGGAUCAGUCUUCAUACAGAAAGUAAGAGAACUAUAUAUUAACUUGUGGGAAAUUAUAAAGAAAAUAAGCCAGCUUAAUUAUGAAAAUCAAUCUAUUAAUUAGUCAGUACAUAUGUAAAUAUUCUCCCCAAACAGGAAUAUUUUCAAUUAUAUUUCUUCAUUCACAGUCACCUAUUGCACCUUGUACAGGCACCAGAACUCAUUAGAAUACUAAUAUCUGCCUUAUUAUGCCUGAUUUGCAUAAGAACUGAGAUCCCAUGUGUUCACAUUUAGUUCAGUGUUUCUAUUUAUACAAAACAGGAUUUUUCCACUUCAUCUUUCUGUGUCUGGGCAAUUAGGUUGAAAAGGACACUGUCAUUCUAGUUGAGGACCAGAUUUAUGAUUGGUUAAAAAUAGUUAUAAAAAAAGCUAAACCAAUAGAAAUAAAAUGAGACAGAUGCACCAAGCUCAUCUAUCUUAGGUUCUUGUCAUAGGAUCAAUCACUGCCGUACCCAUCUCUCAUGCAGAUCUUAUUGCAAGCUUAUUUCUCUGACACUGCUCAACUGUCCAUACAUUCCUUUUGUCCCAGAUUUAAUUGGGCAUAAAAGCUGAAGGAAUGAACUGUGUGUAGCUUUCAUGCCACUUCUGAGGCUGGUGCCCUUUCUUGUAAGAACAACUGUAUUCUAUCUGAAAGAAUCAAAUGCAAUUAAUGAGUGCUUUCAAAAAAGAUAAUAAGGGAUGCAAAAAAAAUAUAAACAAUCCUGAAUUGACCAUCUGUAACUCAAAUGCAAACAAAUCAAAAUUAUCAAACCUAGACAACAUCUAAAAAAGCAGAGACAUCACCUUGCCAACAAAGGUCCAUAUAGUUAAAGCUAUGGUUUUCCCAGUAGUGAUGUAUGGAAGUGAGAGCUGGACCAUAAAGAAGGCUGAUCGCUGAAGAAUUUAUGCUUUUGAAUUAUGGUGCUGGAGGAGACUUUUGAGAGUCCCAUGGACUGCAAGAAGAUCAAACCUAUCCAUUCUGAAAGAAAUCAGCCCUGAGUGCUCACUGGAAGGACAGAUCAUGAAGCUGAGGCUCCAAUACUUUGGCCACCUCAGGAGAAUAGAAGACUCCCUGGAAAAGACCCUGAUGUUGGGAAAGAUUGAGGGCACAAGGAGAAGGGGACGACAGAGGAUGAGAUGGUUGGACAGUGUUCUUGAAGCUACCAGCAUGAGUUUGACCAAACUGUAGGAGGCAGUGGAAGACAGGAGUGCCUGGCGUGCUCUGGUCCAUGGGGUCACAAAGAGUCGGACACGACUAAACGACUAAACAACAACAACAUCCCCAGACAAUACCAGUAGUGACAGUAGUGUCCCAGAAUUUGUAAAACUGGUAAAGAAAGUUACAUCAAUAUGUUGCUUCAUCUACACCUAGAUGAGAAAUCUUAAGAGGGUACCAGACUUCUUGUUGUACUACAACAUUCUUCAUUUGAGAAAUAGCCACCUUUCAAUUGAAAGCUUUGCAGCAACGUGUGAUUAUUUACUGAAGAGAGAUACACAGAGGGCUUAUGUUGAAAGACAGCAGUUGGAUAAAGCAUAACAUCCAACUUUGGGAUAAAUCCUUUUGCAUUAAAGGUUUGGGCUAAGUGGAGAAAGAUUUUGGCCACUGACAUUUCCCCUGUGUCUAGUUUCCCCAAGCAGGAUUUUUUAAACUAGGUAGUCUGCGUAAGUGCUGCAGUUUUGCCCAAAAUAAAUGACGGUUGGUGAUUGCAAAGUCACUGCAGCAUUUUCUCGGCAGUGGCACCCAGAUUGUAGAGCAGCUUGCCUAGGGAGGUGUGUGUUUGGGCCUUGACAGCUUGCCUUUCAACAGGUGUCGAAGAUGACAAUAUUUUAGCAAGCCUUCCAAUUCUGCCUCUGAUGUCUUAACUGCUGCUUCUUUCUCUUCUUUUGUUGCUACAUCUCUUAUUUUGUGUUGUAUGAUCUGUAAGUUUGCAGUACACUUUGGUCAAAACUGUAUAGAAACUAUAUAAAUCAAAGAUUGUGUCUAAAAGGUAUACAAAGUAUACAUACAGUAGCUGAUUAUAAAGUUAAUAUUUGGCAGCUCUGGCUACAUAAAAUAAUCUGCUGCCUUUUCCUCUCAUCAUGCAGUCAGUCCAGCAUUAGCAUUCCAUGCUUCUAGUAAAGGUAAAGGGACCCCUGACCGUUAGGUCCAGUCGUGGCCGACUCUGGGGUUGCAGCGCUCAUCUCACUUUAUUGGCCGAGGCGAACCAGAGCAGCGCACAGAAACGCUGUUUACCUUCCCGCCGGAGCGGUCCCUAUUUAUCUACUUGCACUUUGACGUGCUUUCGAACUGCUAGGUUGGCAGGAGCAGGGACUGAGCAACGGGAGCUCACCCCGUCGCGGGAUUCGAACCGCCAACCUUCUGAUUGGCAAGCCCUAGGCUCUGUGGUUUAGACCACAGCGCCACCCGCUAAUUAGUCAUCACAUCCCAGCAUCCCUAGACAACUGCCUCUCCAUGUGUGUAGUAGUAAUCACAUAGGACAUGUUUUAAGUUGCUGCUGUGUGUUUGCAUUGGGGGCCUGUUUUCAAUGACUGGGGAGCAUAAGUUCAUCUUCCAACAGAGCAGCCAAAGCAGUUUCUCUGCCAAAACCAGGCCAACAUGCUGACUGAAAUGGAUCUAGAAAACCAGUUUUCUCCAAGAGCGCUUGGAUUGGGUCCACGGCCGCCCGCUUAAAAGUCUUGCCCAAGAAGGGAAGAUUGCCAACAGGACAGUAGUUUCUUAGAUUUUCAGAAUCCAGGCGGGUUUCUUGAGGUGUGAAUUUACCACUGCCUUGUUCAAGCAGGUAGGGACCACCCCCUCCCAUUAAUCACCUCCCUGGCCCAGCCACCUCUCCCAUCCCUGCUAGUUUUUAUCAGCCAAGAGGGGCAAGGGUCCACAGUGCAAGUGGUUGCCCUGUCAGAUCCAAACACCUUGCCCAUAAACUCAUCCAACACAACAGGACCACAUAUCCCUUGAGAUUCAUUUGCUUGUAACAGCAGAGUCAAGAUCAGGCAUAGGCAGACUGGGCCCUCCAGAUAUUUUUUGGCCUACAACUCCCAUGAUCCCUAGCUAACAAAACAGGAGGUCAGGGAUGAUGGGAGUUGUAGUUUCAAAACAACUGGAGGGCCGAAUUUGCCUAGCCUUGUGGAUGCAAGCGAUUUUAUCCUCAAAAUAUUUUGCAAACUAAUCACAGCGAGCUACCAUUGGUUCUGCAAUGCUCUUCAGGCCAGCCUGUAAGAGACUCCACACUAUCCAGAAAAGCUCGUGAGGAUGCAAUGGAGGCAGCCUUCUUUGCUGCCUUCAUUGCGGGUAGGUAGGCUCGAUGAUUAGCCCUAACCAACGUUAACAGUCCCUUUCUUUCAUUGCUUUUUUCUGCUUAUUGCCAACCCAUGGCUUGUAUAUUAACUUUGCUUUAGAACUCAGAUCAUGAUUUGAGCUUCCAGACAUUUAGACAAUCAAUAGUACAGAGCAGCCUGUGGGCUUACCAAACCACAAUGUGUAAAGCUGUUUGUCUGCUUUAGUUUUCCAUUUGCACUGCAAAUCAUUACUUAGAACAGUCUGUCUGCUUUGAAAGCAACAAAGGGUCUUGUUGCACCUUAAAGAUUAACAGAUUUAUUGUGCCAUAAGCUUUUCACAUUUUGUGCAUGGAGGCUUAUGCCAUCAAAAACUUGUUAGGGCACUUCCAGACUGUCAACUGGUUUUGGGUGGGAUUCAAUCACAUAAUGGCAAAAUCAGGUUGUGUAAUGAAAGUUGAUUCGGUGCUCUUGCGCAAUAAACUCCUAAGUCCCAAUACUGGACUUUUUGUCAUAAGGAAAGUGAGGAUUAACAAUUGCUUGAGACACAGUGAACGCUCACGACAUAUGGGACAUCUUAUAACUUCUUUGAAAACUUUGCAAACAAAUUCUUAAUAAACAGGUCAUCUGGAAGGGAGCUGUAGAUCUUUCUACCUUUUGCCUUAAUUCCUCACAUCUUACUACUGUUAUUAAUGCAGUAAUACUUUGCCCAGCUCUGUUGCAAUCCUACAUCUGCUAACUUCAAUCAUGUGCCCUCAGCAUAAAAAUAGUUAAACCAGAGCUAAAUUCAAACAGUUUAUUGUAAAAAUAUGAUCUUUUGGUUAGGGAAUAUGACAUACAACAAUAGUUCGUGUUAGCCCUUGGCUUUUUCUCCCCAUUUAUGGAGGUUAAAUUUGGUUUGACUAACAUUAUGAGAAAGCUCCUGAAUUGUCUUCUGCACAGGGCUGCCAACCUGAAUAAAAAAUGGGGGGGCAGGUAACCCCACACAAUCAAUUUCCCACAUGGUCUAGUCCUUCCCCUGCCUAUCCCCUUAAUAUCCUUAAGAGGGUCUCAUCUCCAGUCUUCCCACUCCUGGAAGUAGGAAGACAGAAAAGGUCCUCCUUUCCUUCCACUCUGCAGUUUUAAUCUGAAAAUCUUAGGUGCAGUACUGCGCCCAGAGCUCAGAAACUGCUCGCGCUGAUGAAAUUCCCUGUCACAAAAUGCGCCUAGAACACUGGGAGUUUCAAACACUGAGGGCGACAUAACCUCACCCUGGAACAAAGGACCAAGGGAUUCUGAUUCCAAAAGGGAAGCCCUCCAAUCUGUCUGACACAUAAUGCACUGCCUGAUGCUGAGUGUGUUUUAGUGAUACACAACAUAAUAUUUAAUAACAGCACUCUUCUUUUGGAGCCAGGCUAUUAGAAGACCACAAGAGCUUUGGUUUGUCUCAGGCGAUAAUGCAGAAGAUGGAUAAUUCCCACUCUAAUAUAUAUGUUUUGGCCUAUUGUGUUGAUGUCAAAUGAAGCCAGACUCUGGAUGGACACUCUAAAGCAUUUUUAUCUCUUGGCGCUAAGUAAAAUAAGCUGUGAGAGGCACACAAUGGAGAAAGUGGAUUUAGCAUCCUUUGGAGCCUUUUAGGGGAUAUGACUUCUAAUUGUGCAUUCUCUUUGUGUCACCGGGAAACACAAGGCUAGCAAAUGUAACCUUUAAGCAGCAGGGAUAGAACAGCUGCAUAAAUUGUUAAAUGUCACAUAAAGCAUUGUCAAAGCAAAGCACAGCCAGUUCUUUUCUUUAAUCUGGAUUUAUUUAUAACAUAAAAAACGACGAUAAAACAAGAUUCUAUUCCCAAUUACAAGCAGCAGGGAGAGGUAGAAUCACUGGGUAAUUCAUCCAAGUGCAUCAGAAUUCAGCUGCCUCUCCCACCCCUACCCGGCCACCAUUACCCGUGUAGGAAGGAGAGACCUAGUUCACAGUUAAUAGCAGAGGAAAAGCCAGAGGGUGAGCACACUUUAGUGCAUAUCUGUCAGGACAUGUAAGUGUUAGAAAACUGUGGAAAGGACUGGGGAGUCCCACCACACAUAAACCAGCAACUUGGCACAUCAGAAGUUCUCUGGCAUCUGGUCUGGGGAUUUAGGACAAGUUGUGGCAAGAAGAGAUGUGAUAGCAGUGGCAGUAGCGGCAGGAUUAACAUGUUGAAGGGAUAUAGGUUAUGGAUUACAAACCUGCCCCAUCCACCUUUAAUUUCCCUUGAUUCUCAUUCCUGGAUACUGCUGUGAGGGAGAAGAUCCUUGGAGAAGGGGAUACGGUGUAUGGACCUAGUAUUGGUUGCAAGUACAGCUUAGUGGUCUGCCAGUUCCAUAGUAUCUAAGACAGUCUAAUGAGGCUUGGUGGCAGCUAGGCAUGGCUUCAACCAGUUUUCUCUGGUGGUGUCCUGUGGUUCACCAGAAUAUGGAGAAAAGCACUCAAGUCAGCAUGUGGAUCAACCUUUUAAGUAGGUAGGAAAUGUGUGGAGUGCAAUGGAGAAAGUUGGCAGAUUGUUAAUUUCCCAACCCCAACUUAAAUUCUCUUUGCCUUAUGCAUAGACCUGUAUAACUGAAGGACCGUCUCCACCUCCAUGACACUGAGGGCCAGUUCCGAGGGCCAUCUGGCAGUUCCCUCACUGCGAGAAGUGAAGCUACAGGGAACCAGGAAGAGGGCCUUCUCUGUAGUGGCACCUUCCCAUCAGAUGUCAAACAGAUAAACGACUGCACAGCUUUCUGAAGACUUCAGAACUCAGCCCUGUAUCGGGAUGUUUUAAUGUUUGAUGUUUUGCUGUGUUUUUAUUAUAUUGGAAGCCACCCAGAGAGGUUGGGGCAACCCAGUCAGAUGGGUGGGGUAUAAGUAUUAUUAUUAUUAUUAUUAUUAGUAGUAGUAGUAGUAGUAGUAGUAGUAUUAACACCAUAUAUUUAUCAAGGUGGGUUGUCUUCUGUCUGUGUAUUCCCACACUUUUUAUGCCAUUGGCUAGCAGCUCUUGUCCUUCCUUCAAAUAUGACUGGUCAGCAGGGAAGGAGUGCAGUCGACUCACAACUUAAAAUUAAAAUGUUUAAAUUACGCGAUGUCAGCUUUACAUGGUUGGCAACCAGCUGGUUGGAAUCACACACCUGAUUGCGCAGAAGGCUGAGAGCAUAAAAGCUCUUUUGGUGCAGGGUUUUCCCAACACAGAAAGAGCUUUUGAGCUCUCAGAGUUGCUUAUCAAGCUCUGUUGAGAUCUUGCAGGAACUCGGCCCUCCCCCUGGGACUCCCAGUAUACUCUCAGGGUAGCAUAUGAGCAAAUACGUUUUACAUAUUUGAAUAUAGGAGGAGGUUAUAUGUAAAUCAAUGAUUAAUUGUCCCUUUGUGUCGAAAUUGCUUCCCUCCCUCCUACAUCCCCUUGUGUACAUUCACUACACCCAGGAGAUGGACUAGAUUGCUCUCCAAGCUUAAAACCCAUUCCGAAAUCUAUGCCUACCAAUUCCCGUAUAACAUUUUUUAUUUACAGAGUGCCUAUGAAACAUUUUCUAGUCAUAAGGGCUAGAAUAGGCAUAAAAUGAGAGUUUCUCUAGGAAUGCUGUUGCUAUGCUCAAACAGCUUAUGCAAAUAGACUCCCCGUAACCGCUGGAAAACAGCUCAUGAGAGCUGGGGAGGGCCUCCUGGAAUGAUAUAUGGAGUUUUUUGCGGGGCCAUAGUAGGACGGGAAAAUCAAGUACUGGAAGGAGACACCUUCUACAAGCAAGAACUUUUAAAGCCUUGUGCGGUAGCUUUAACGGAGAAUGAGCCCUGCUCAUAUAACAUAUCUCAGUGAGGAGACAGCAAGGGUGUGGGAUUGUGACUGGUGGCCUCCCUCUCCUACCGUCCACACGUUCUUCCAAAGUUCUGCACAGGCUCUGGAUUCUUGAUUGGAGACACUGCAAGAUGAUGUACUUAAUUGUGCCCCAAUUAUGGGUACAGUGCCUAGGCAUAUGCAGAUUAUAAACAGGGUUCACAAAAAGUUAUAUUCCCUCUGAAAGAGCAGGUACGUUGCUUGGGGGUGCUCCUGGAUCCUUUGCUAUAUCUUGAAGCUCUAGUGGCCUCGGUGACACAAAAUACUUUCUAUCAGCUUUGGCUGGUGGCCCAGUUGCGCCUCUUUUUGGAUAGGGAUAACCCAGCUUCUGUUGUCUGUGCUCUGAUAACCUGUAGGUAGGAUUACUGGAAGGCGUUAUAUAUAGGGCUGCCUCUUUAGAUGGUUUAGAAACUUCAGCUGGUGCUGAAUUUGGCAGCUGAUGAGACUUGCCACCUCACGACACUCACAGAAACAUUGAAAUCAAUUCCUAUCAUUCUACUUUUUUGUCUAAUUAGCAUUCGACUCAAAAUGAGACCUUGAAUUGACUUUGAGCUACUCUGUGUUUCUCAUGCUCACGAAGAACCACUUUGUUGUUUGCUCAGAUGGUAACUGAACUCCAAUCAACGGGUUUUUAAAUAUAAUUGAAAUUGAUUACCCGAAGCACGAUUUAGAACAAUAGGCUUUGCAAAAAUUGCCUUGUUGAAAGCUAGAGCAAAGUAAAACAUUACUUUUAUCUCUUAGACUAUAUCUGUAAAAAAAAAAAAGCUUUGUUCUUUUUCAAAGCAGAUGGCUCUUCUUUCUUUAACAGAAAAGAAAAAGAUUACACACACUUCAUAGUAUAGGUCCACAAAUACAGUUGCCUCUGGCAACCAUGAAUUUAAUUAUUGUAACCAGUAAAGAAAACUUUCAGUAUAUUUCACUAUAGGAGUAAAAGGUAAAGGGACCCCUGACCAUUAGGUCCAGUUGUGACUGACUCUGGGUUGCAGCGCUCAUCUUGCUUUAUUGGCCAAGGGAGCCAGCGUACAGCUUCCAGGUCAUGUGGCCAGCAUGAUGAAGCCACUUCUGGCGAACCAGAGCAGCGCAUGGAAACGCCGUUCACCUUCCCGCCGGAGCGGUACCUAUUUAUCUACUUGCACUUUGACAUGCUUUCGAACUGCUAGGUUGGCAGGAGCAGGGACCGAGCAACGGGAGCUCACCCCGUCACAGGGAUUCGAACCGCUGACCUUCUGAUCGGCAAGUCCUAGGCUCUGUGGUUUAACCCACAGCACCACCCGCGUCCCUCACUAUAGGAGUAAUAUGGUUUUAAAAGUUGGCAGUACCAGUGGGAGGUAGAGGUUGCCUCUUUCCAGCUGGCACCCGGCUUUCAGUCAUGGGUUGGUGGGAGAAUAUUGCUGUUGUUUGCAUCCAUCUGUCUCAAGAGACAAUGCAGUGCGCCUCCGGGGGUGAAGUGAAACCACUGCGUUAGCAGCACCAAAGUGAGCUCCGCAGGGUGCAAGCCUGGACAGUAUGUAUGGAGGUCCUGAUCUGCCCAGAUAACAAGACAGACACACACACCCUGGCCUUGUUUAUGUGGUCCACAGGGAAAGCAGAGCAAUACAUUUGGCACUAGUUUGGCUGCAGGAGAUGCCGGGAGGAGGGGCAUACAAGGCGCUAUCCAACCGUCUUAGGCACUCCACUUUGGAUUUGUGUAGGGUUUACCCCUUAGGCUUUUCUUCUCCCAAAAAUGUCCCGCAAGGAUAUAGGAUAAGAGUUUUCCUUUUCCUAAAUGGGCUGCCUUCUCUGGGUUGAGGAGCCUCAUCUGCCCCUCACUUCCCUCUACAGCAGGCUUCCUCAACCUCGGCCCUCCAGAUGUUUUGAGACUACAAUUCCCAUCAUCCCUGACCACUGGUCCUGCUAGCUAGGGAUCAUGGAAGUUGUAGGCCAAAAACAUCUGGAGGGCCGAGGUUGAGGAAGCCUGCUCUACAGCAUGUGCAGAAGCCUCCUUCUUGACCGUUCGACCCACUGUUGGUCUCAUCCGCUCAAUCCGCCGGAACUUGUCUUCUUAUGCAGGUGUAUGUCGUCUCUGUGUCCCCAAAGGACUCUGGAGUUCAGAUUUUCUUUUUAUAUUUUGCUUUGAGGGGUUAUGUUUUUUGUUUUGUUUUUGGAAGUCAGUGAAUAAUGAACUUUGCAAAUUUGUGAGUGUUGUUGUUUAGUCGUUUAGUCGUGUCCGACUCUUUGUGACCCCAUGGACCAGAGCACGCCAGGCACUCCUGUCUUCCACUGCCUCCCGCAGUUUGGUCAAACUCAUGCUGGUAGCUUCGAGAACACUGUCCAACCAUCCAUCUCGUUCUCUGUUGUCCCUUUCUCCUUGUGCCCUCAAUCUUUCCCAACAUCAGGGUCUUUUCCAGGGAGUCUUCUCUUCUCAUGAGGUGGCCAAAGUAUUGGAGCCUCAGUUUCACGAUCUGUCUUUCCAGUGAGCACUCAGGGCUGAUUUCCUUAAGAAUGGAGAGGUUUGAUCUCCUUGCAGUCCAUUGUGAGUGUUUAACUUUAACCUAUUUCGACUAAUGUUGGAUAUUACCCCGUAGUUUAUUAUUUUUUCUACAAAGCCCUGUGUGUGCAGUUUUGUGGAAAAUAUAUAAAUGUCCAAGUAUUCUUUUAACUGUAAAAACAAUUUUACAAUUUUCUAAGUUUUUUAUAAGCUUGUAAUUUUUAAACAGUUGAAAUAUCUCUGCAGUUUAAAGGGGUAAAACAUUUCUUGCGUUCAUAUGAACUUUGAAUUCACCUGACACACGUCUCCUUAGCAGAUUCCUGUCAUUCCUCCUUUUUUAUUUUUUGAAUUUUGGCUACAAAUGGAAUGCACUUAGAGAUGCAUUAUUCACCAGCGGCAUGACCAGGCACUCUUGCAGUACUUAACUUUUAAAAAAUCUUUUUCAGCUUCAGAGGAAAAAGAAAGAAAGAAGUAAGGUCCAAAUCAGGCAUGUUAUUGGCGAUCUUUUUUGUUUCAAACCAGGUCUGCUUCAAUUACUUACAAAGCAAAGGGCUGGGACAUUUUUAGAGCAAAAGUAGAUAAGGAUGAUUAACUCUUCCCCCCUUUAUCUCAGUCUUCUCUCUUCAUAUAUUUCUUUCCUCAGCCAAUCUGUUUCAUCUGGGUGAAAAAGUAUUUGAGGGAAGACCUAACAAGGAAGUGAUAGAUGCAGGAGGGCUCAGCUCUUCUCAUUUGCUUGUGCCCCCUUUGCUCUAAAAAUAUAAUUUAUUUAUUUCAUAAAAUUUGUACACUGUUUGAUUGUAAAACAAUAACAACAUGAAAGCGGGUUACAAAAUGAUAAAACAAGAAAAUCAAGAAAACAUAGUUUAAAAUAUAUGAAAAGUUAAAAUACUAAAAUACACGUGUACACACACAGAGAGACAGACAGAGAGAGACUUUCCUGGAAAGGGAACAAAAGUGAAAUAAGUUUGAUUCUUCCAUCUCUCUAAAAAAUAUACAACAAUAAUGCGUAUAGUACAGUUUCUGAUUUUUCAGUACCAUACAGAUAUACACAAUUUGCAUAUGGAAUGCCAUUAAAUAAUCCUUCCAAAGAAGCUGAUACAAUGACAUCUAAGUCAAUUAACGUACAGUUAUAUAGUCUGGGACAAAUAACAAUCUCCAGUAAUUAGCACAUCCCUCUUGCGGUUAUUGAUGUUUCAUCCUCGGGAGUGAAUAGUUGCUCUCUUGAUGAAGGGAGCUCUCCAUGUUUCUCAAUGUAAUUUCUACCACGGCUUAAAGGAUGGAAGGCAGCAGAUGUUGCAAGUACAUGAGAAAUUGGCAAGUACAUGCCAAUUUGGAAGAGAAGUGGGCUCGUUUCAGACCAGAGCCUUGUAGCUCUACCCAUUAAUUGUAUUUCCAUUUUUUGCUGCUUGCUAGCACUAUGCUGGUUGUUUUUUUAAAAAACCACAAUUCACAUGGGAAAGGGGUGACAAGAAGUUGCCCCAAAUUGGAAAAGUAAGUCUGCAGAAAUUGUCAAGGGGAAAGCCCUUCUUCAUGCAUCACAUAGUUAAACUAUGGAACUCACUCCCACAGGAGGCCACCAACUUUAGUGGUUUUUUAAAAGGAUUUGACAAAUUAAUGGAGGAGAAAUGUAAAAAAAGGUAAAGGACCCCUGGACAGUGAAGUCCAGUUGAAGGUGACUACAUUAAUACCUCUGGUUACUCCUUGUGUCUUCCUUCUGAAUGCGUUGGGUAACGAGCUCUGCUAACCUGGAAGUAGGUGCUCCUGGAAGCAAACUUUGUCCCAGGAUGUGAGCGGAAGUCGUGCGCUGGAGGCAGGCCCCAUUAGCGAAAGCGCGCCUCAGGUUAAGAACGGUUUCAUGUUAAGAACGGGCCUCCGGAGAGAAUUAAGUUCAUAACCGGAGGUACCACUGUAUAGGGUUGCGGCGGUCAUCUCGAUUUCAGGCCGAGGGAGCCGGUGUUUGUCUACAGACUGCUUACCGGGUCAUGGGGCCAGCAUGACUAAACUGCUUCUGGCGCAACAGAACACCGUGACAGAAACCAGAUCGCAUGGAAACACCGUUUACCAGCAGUACCUAUUUAUCUACUUGCACAGGCAUGUUUUGAGCUGCUAGGUUGGCAGGAGCUGGGACAGAGCAACGGAAGCUCACCCCGUUGUGCGGAUUUGAACUGCUGACCCUUGAAUCGGCAAGCCCAAGAGGCUCAAUGGUUUUAGACCUCAGCGCCACCUGUAUCCAGUGGAGAAGAACAAGGUUAUAAAUGACUACUAGCCAUGAUGGCUAUGCUCUGUCUCCACAGUUGGAGGAGUAAUACUUCUAGAUACCAGAAGCCACAGGAAGAGGGAGUGCUCUUGUGUUAGGGUCUUACUUGCAGGUUUCCCCACAGGUAUCUAAGCUGUCACUGUGAGAACAGGAUGCUAGACAAGAUGGGGCCUGAUCCAGCAAGCUUUACGUGUAUUACUGUGGUGGAAAUGUGGCAUGGUUCUUGCCUCAUCAGUGUUACAAAGUGGCUGAAGGUUGUAUGUUUGUAUUCUUUAAAUGAAGAAUACAAACAUACAACCUUCAGCCACCUUGUAACACUGAUUUUUUUAAAAAAGUUUGUAACCUUUGCAUUGCUCUCCACAGCCUCAUUCGCUGCCCAUAUUCACUUUGGGGCUCCUGAGGGUGAUGUGAUUAAAACAAAAACAAAAACUUGACUUGGAAUAACUUGGAAUAGAUUUUUUCAUUGCCCUAAUUAGGCUAUUCCCAGUCCUAUUAUACCUCACAGCACCCCCUCCACCUUUUGCAGAACACUCGGGGGUGUUAAGCAGUGCUUUAAAAGGCAGCAGUGGGAGUUAUACUAUAUAUCUCCCCUCCAAGCCAGAUGCUGGGGUGGGGUGGGGUGGGCAGUCCUCUGCUUUUCCUCCCUCCUCCCAACAUCUUUUAGGGUGUUGGUUUGUUGUUGUUGUUGUUUUGUGGGAGGAACCUUCCGGAACAUGAAGUUCCCUUCCCUGCCAUCCUGCAGCUGCCUCCGGAGCAGGGAAGGUUCCCGGUUUAAAAAUUAUUCUAAUUGUAGGCUUUGUCACAAAACCACAAGGAUGUCUUGCAGAAAACGCUGGUGCUUCACUCGGUGCUGACACUAAAUACACACAGGCUCAGUUAAAGGCAUAUCCAGGCAUGCUGAUCGGCAGCCACGUGCUUUAGCCUUGAGCCUCCUCCUCUGAGCUAGCUAAGUAAGAGUUACAGAGUGCUUUUUUUUUAAAAAAAGAGCAAGAAUGCAUUUACAGACAGGCUCAGGUGAACAACCUAUAAAUCUUCCUUGUAGAUGUUUUCAGUAAAUCAUUCUGAGAACGAAAGGGUACAUUGAACCCCCUGAACUGAAUGUCACGCCUCCCUUUGCUGCAGAUGCAGCUUGGACUUUUUCUCCCUCGCGUCUCCGUGUCUCUCCCUUCCACAAAUCUCUUUUUUCUGUGGAAGGUACCCAUGCUCAGGAACGCCUUUGCUCUCGCCUGUGAAAUGUUGCAGGGUAUGCAGAUAUGUUGCAUGCUGCCCGGCCUCUUCCAUUUCCAUUCCUGUGGCAAUGUCUGAGGCCAGUAGGAGUGUAUGUAGCAUUGGCUGCAGAAAGGAGCACUUUUUUGGGGGGGGGCAGCACACCCUGUGGCAGAAAGCACUGAAAAAUGGCGAGGCGCCAGCAGAGUCCCCAAGGGCCCCUCAGUUGCCAGUCAGGAGCUGGCGUAGCAAGAAAAGGGACAAGCACAUCCUUCUGCCCUCGAUGGCACGACUGCUGGGGCUUUGGAUGCAAUGGCGGGUCUGCCCCUCUUCUUGCUGGGUUUUGCUGCUCCCCAGCCAGGCUUUGGAUUGCUCUGCCCAGUACAGUGGUACCUCGGGUUAAGAAUUUAAUUCGUUCGGGAGGUCCGUUCUUAACCUGAAACUGUUCUUAACCUGAAGCACCACUUUAGCUAAUGGGGCCUCCCACUGCUGCUGCGCGAUUUCUGUUCUCAUCUCAUCCUGAAGCAAAGUUCUUAACCCGAGGUAAUAUUUCUGGGUUAGCGGCGUCUGUAACCUGAAGCGUCUUUAACCUGAAGUGUAUGUAACCUGAGGUACCACUGUACGCUUGAAAGUAAUACAACCCGUGCUCUUUUUCUAGAAAAAGAGGUGCCGGAACUCUCCAUGAACGCCUCCCUUGUUGUCUUAGAAUGGCGACAGUGUUCACCUGAGAGGUGCCAGAGCCAAGUUCCGGAGAGCAGGGGUGUAGGAAGGGGGGGCGGUGGGAGCUGACUGCCCUGGGUGCCCUCACUGAAGUGGGUGACAUUCAGUGCGCUGCCUGUCCAUGACUCCCAAGCCUACUCCAAGCCGUCGGGGUAAGGGGGGGAGCUGGUCCGCUGUAGGAAUGAUUGCUGGGUGCGAAGCACACUCCCCACCCACGGGCAGCCUCACCUGCCUACACGCGUGACCUUGAGGUGCAGGGCACACUCCCCCUCACAGAUAAAGCCACAGCUGUCUGAACAUCUUGCCCCCUGUCUAACCUUUUGUGGUCUCGGUAGUCUGCGGUGUCCUGUCUGUGACCUUUGUCUCUUUCGUCAUACACUGUGCAAGGGGAAAAUGACACGGUGGAAAUAGGUGCCAAAAUAACUUUGUACCACCCCGCGAUCUCGGGACUGGAAGAUGUGUAAAGGUCACAGCCCAAAAUGUAUCUGCCUGGGUUUGCAUAUUGUGUCAAUAAAAGGAGCCUCCACAGAGCUGGCCGGCAGCUUGCUUGCAGCUCACAGCUCACCUGCAUUAUCAACUCCUGCCUCACGUCCUUCAUUUCACGCUGCUUUGCUGACAGCAUUCCCCCCUUUUCCCUUUGUUUUGACAGCUUGGGGGAGGCUUGGGAGUCGUGGGUGGGCAGUGUGGCCAAGAUCCGCCAUGGGUGGCUUGCUUCGCCCCCGGCGGCAGGGCACACAUGCCACUCUGGCACCCGAACGGCUAUCCCAUGCCUGGGAGGGCACCCUAUGCACGCGCCCCCUCGGGAGCGCGCCUGUCCUGGGCAGCGCGGGCAUAUGCUCUGCCGCUGCUGGAGAGUUCCGGCUGAAGGGGGAAAAGCCCUGAAUAUAAUUUAAAAGUGCCUAGAUGCUGCUGGAUUGUGCUACAUAUUUACACUCUUUUCAGCCCUAAAAAAUAUGUGCGUAUAUAAUCCAUUCUUGCUGUCAUUUCAGACACCUGAAAUACCAGCCCAUUCAGACCCUGAGCAGUUGGAAUGGGAUUGCAGACCAAAGAUACACAAGUGCUCCACUUAUAUCCCUGGAACAUUUGAACAUAUUCUGAUGCUGUGCUGGGACACUUUGGACCUUACUGUUCUCCAUGGGACCAGUAUGUGUCCCAGCAAAUGACUGAAUUUCCCCAUCUCUGCUUGGCAGCAUCCGUUGUUCACAUUUUAAUUUAUAAUUUUAUGGCUAGGACAGCUUCUACCUGGGAACUCUCUGUUGACAGUAAAGCUUAUAACCCAUCCCCCUUUCUUGCCUUUCCUGUUGUUCAGAUGAAUUCUAUGCUAGUUCUAUAUGCUACAAUAUAUUAAUGUAAUCUGUAUGGCGAUCAGUUGCAAAAUCGUCCUUGGCUUCCACAGAGAGUAUAAUCUGCUAUUGUGCAAUUUUUUAGACAGAAAACAUCUCCGUAGGUUAAAUGAUCCACAAGCUUUUAAGUAGACGUUAGUAGCCGAGUUCUAAUUAUGAAUACAUUAAAUGUAUAACAAAAAUCCACUUGUGCUAUGGUAGGCACAGUUUGUAAUAAUGAUAUAACACUUCAUCUGCAGGGUUAAUGCCACAAUAUAAGCACCAGCUUUUUAAAUACCCAAGGCAGAAGGGCCAUUCUGUAACUCUUUGUUAUCUGUAAUUGGAUUAUCUCAGUUUUAACUUAACACAGUACUUUCAGAAAUGUGCAUUUUAACAGAUCAAGUACAAUGUGUACUUGAUAUUUUUGUUUUGUUUUUUACUUUACUUGGUUUUUACUAAAAUGUUUUAAUGUUGAAAUGUACCCACUAAAUAGAGACUUGACUUUUGCAAAUAUUUUGGGUGGGAUUCAACUAAGUUGUUACAUGCACACAAUAGGACUUCUCCCCCUCAGCUCUUCCUCAUCCCCCCCCCCAUUUCUUUUCCAGAGUGAUGGUGAAAAGCCCAGAACAGGUGGGGGGUUUUUUUUAGGGGGGAGGAUAGGAGGGAAAGCCUUUUUACAUGAGCAGAGCCAUUCCAUGCACACAUAACCCCAUUUAGCACUACUCUGAAUUCCCCCCUUGGUUUAUGUUUAAUUUUAAAAAUCUCAGCUGCUACUGAAUUUAACUAGGUUUAACUGAAGUCAAAGUCUAUUCUGAAAGUUGUGAAACACUUGCACUUCUGCACUUAUUUAAUAUUUUUGUGGACAGUUUACAACUGAUGUCCUUUAAGUUUUACAUUAUAUACAUUUUGCAGUAUAUGCAUUCUGUUAACUGAAAUAAGUGUAUUUUACUCCUAAUUAUAGUUAUUUUAAAAUGUUUUUAAUUGUUUUUAUUGAUAAUAUUAACAUUUCCUGUCAACCACUUUAGAGGUUUUACUACAAUCAACUGGUAUAUAAAUUUUGUUAAUUAAAUGAAGCAGGUAAUUGAAUAAUAAAUCGUUGCCAAAAGAAAAAGAGGAAGAAGUUAGUUUUGUUUCGCAUCAUACUGUCCCUGCCAUCCUGAGGAUGAAUCUCUUGGGGAUUUAGGCUACUAUUUACAAAUCAGUUCAAAGGAAUCUUCAAGGUCUUUUGAAAAAUAAUGCAUUCAUGUUACUUUAGAUAUUUCAUUCCUUCUCUGCCCACUUCUGGAACAAAUCCAUUCAGGUUCUCCUAUAAUCAAAAACUAUUUUUAAUAGUCUCAGGUGGGCUGAGAUGCUGUAUGUAGAGUGGCCCAAAUAGAGGCAGCUAUGGGAAGAAAGAAAUGUUUGAACAGGCCCAUCUAAGCUGACACAUCUAGGAGCAAUUUGUGUGAUUGUGAGGCCACGUUUUCCUGUCAAUGAACUUGCUGUGAGUUGCUGUUAGGAUCCAGGGGCCGCCUGUGUGUGUGUGUGAGCUCGGUUGCAUGCUCCUCACAGCUUUGUCUUUAAGAACCAUUCCAUGUAGAGCGAAUUACAACUGUCUGAAGCAGCCCUAUGAUGCUGUAAUGUUAAAUUAAUAGCUAGAAAUGCUUUGGAAAGGGUCUGUGUAUAAAAGUUCUACAGACGCAUCUCGAUUAUUUAUCCCCAUCAGCCAUUCUCAGGGUAGUUAGCAGAUUUCUUCAAGAAAUACUUUUCAUUAUGCGGAUUACUAGGGUGAGGUUCACUUCUUUCCCCGAUGAUUUUGCGGCAGACCUAAAUGUUUUGCUUCUCCUUUUGCUUUGCAGUACAGAAUUGGACAGCUGUACAUGAUCAGUAAACACAGCCACGAGCAAAGUGAUCGUGGAGAAGGGGUAGAAGUGGUGCAGAACGAACCCUAUGAAGAUCCGAAUUAUGGGAAUGGUCAACUGACCGAAAAACGGGUUUAUCUGAACAGGUAAACAUUUCUGCCAUUGCAUUGUCCUGGAACAUCUAUGCAGAUUUGGGAGGUAAAGUCUUCUUGUGCAGUUUGUUCUGUUUCAAGCACGGGGGGUGGGGGUGGAAAACCACUGAUUUAUAGAAUUUAUGAGAGAAACCAUGGGGGUGAAGGUUCUUUCCAAAUGUGCAGCCUUUGCCAUUGAAAAGGAGUGUGGCAUGGGGGCAGAGUAGUAGCUUUGGAAAUGACAUACCGUAUUUUUCCGUGUAUAAGACUAGGUUCCACCCCUAAAAAUAAUGUCCAAAAUUUGGAGGUGUCUUAUACACAGGGGCCAUCUCCCCCCAUUUUCUUAAAUUGGAGUCCCCCAAAAUAAGGGAUGUCUUAUACAUGGGGGCAUCUUAUAGACAGAAAAAUACAGUACAGUGGUACCUCGGGUUACAUACACUUCAGGUUACAUAUACUUCAGGUUACAGACUCCGCUAACCCAGAAAUAGUGCUUCAGGUUAAGAACUUUGCUUCAGGAUGGGAACAGAAAUCGUGCUUCAGCAGCACGGCGGCAGCAGGAGGCCCCAUUAGCUAAAGUGGUGCUUCAUGUUAAGAACAGUUUCAGGUUAAGAACAGACCUCCGGAACGAGUUAAGUACUUAACCCGAGGUACCACUGUACUUUCCUCUUCUCCAUUUCUUCUUAAGACAUUUUGUUUAGGUUUUAUGCCCGGUAUAUAUGUGAUACAGUUGCACUUGCACAACUCUCUGUCUCAGUGCUUCCCAAACUUCCCCCCUCUAUGGGCCUACUUGGAAAUUGCUGAGGGUCUUGGCCAAUCUUAAUGAUUUUUCUGCCUGCUAUAGCAAUUCUAAUGUGCUAGAUUCUGCAUAUGAUUUUUAAUUCUGUUUCUAUUGCUUCUUUUACUUCAUAUAUUCCAAUUUGAAUCGAAAUUGUAAGCGUUCAUCACAGACAUCCCACAGACCACCUGAAUGAAGCUCGCAGACCACUGGUCACAGUUUAGCAGCUGGCAUGUGAGACAAAAGUCAGCACAGCUUCCCCUUUCUGUACAGAUUAGUCUAAGAAUUAUGCCGGAGAGAAAACAAACUAUAAGGUGACAUGAAUGAAGACCAGGCAGGACUCCAGAUACAAUGAUGCUUAAAGUGCACUGAAGAUAAGGAUUUGUGUAAGCAAUUCACCAUAAAUCCAGUCACCAAGGGAACUGCCUCUGGUGACAGCCUGUGUCCUAGUCAGGACGUGCAGCAACAUACAAAUCCUCUCCGCUCCCUGGAGCUCCCAGUGAAUUUCAAGGAAUUGCUGUUCCAAAGCUCAGUACGACAUCAGGCCUCCCCAAAUUCCAGUGUGGAAGAGUUGGUCAGGUGGGUGGAUGAUCUCUCCAGCUCUGGGAUUUGAAACGGGCAGUGCAAGAGACUUGCCUUGGUUCUGCCUUCUCAGUGCAAUAUGUGAGACAAUGCCCAGCCGCAAGUGUCUUAUACAUACCAGAGGACUUCGAGGAGGAGAAGGAUGGGUGAUGACCAAGAAUAAUGACUGGUUUCUGACCCAAGCCAACCUUUCUGAACACUUUCUGGACACUGUGUUCGCCAAACUUGGGUCCCCAGCUGUUUUGGUAGCUGUGUGCAGGCGCGGGCGGCGAUAUCGCCGCUUCUGCUCAGGCAUGAACGGCGGCAAACCUGCCACUUCUGGGUUUGUCAUGGUCGCAACUUGGAACGUCCACGAGUGGAGGCUGUUGUAA